UAAUAGUCUUCGUUUGACCGGAGUUCGUGUGAUACUUCCUUAUCGUACGGCAACGGCACGUUCUCUAGUUUUCUCCGCUGCCACUCGCUGACCGCGGCUGUCUCGUCAGCUCUCGUUUUUGCUAUUACUCGUAUCAGUCUUACGACUGUCGUCCAAAUCGUUCCUGUUUGAAUUUCUGUGAUCCGUUCAUUUGUUUGUUUUUAGUUUUAAUUUAAUUAUUUCAAUUCGUUUUUGUUUGGUUUUAUUUCUCUUGUAUUUUAUGAUAUUAUAAAAACACACGCACACACACAUACAUACAUAAUAUUCUGUACAAUAUUAUAACUACAAGUAUACUACUAUACCUAACUACUUCAAACAAUAUAAAUAUAUUACUAAGUGCUUAAUGAAGUGAUGGCCGUUUGCAGUUCAGUAGUAAAGACCAUCGUGCCCGAUUACAGUAAUGGUGACUGUGUCGACAAAUUGUGCAGUGAACAUUAUUGGCCUCCCAGAGAUGAGAACAAUCAAGUUUACAGACAUUUGCCUCCGACCACAGACACCGUGCAGACCAAACCGUUUCCUAUCAGAGGUAAUAAUUUUAAUUUUAAUUCUGUAUUUUGUAGUAUAUAUUUAGAUUCUCAGCCUAAUAUAUGCUAUUAUUAACUUCAAGUACCUACCUACAUAGGGUUAAUUUUAAAUUUUAUAAAAUUAAGCAAAAGUUUGAAUGUUAAGAAUAAACCGAAUUAGAGGUGGAUUUAAUAAUAUUAAACAAUUUUAGAAGACUUAAUCCAACAUAUAGCCCAUCAACUUAUAUCUAUCAAUACUAUCGUACCAUUGGUUGAUACAAACUAACUCGAUUAUGAGUUUUAGCGCUGGGAUCGUUUUGCUGGGAUUAUAUCUUUUAAAGGUUAUUUAGCACUAUUUAAUAUUUUGUAGAAUAUAUUACCCAAGUGUGUAAAAUAAAUUAAUUUGAGAUUAUAAAUUAAAGACACCAAAACUUUAAAAUCAUUAUAAAAUUUAGUCAAGUUAAUCAUCAGAAUAUUAAUGGCAUAGUUAAUAAUAUAUCAAAAUAAAUUGAGCAAAGAUUAGGGUAAACAAUUAUUUAUACAAUUUGAUAUGAUAAUAAAGUAGGUACUUGUUGAUAUUUUAUAAAUUAUAAGAAGUAAAUAGAUGUACAUAUAACAAUUGUUCAAUUAUCUUUGAGUUGAGAUAUAUGUAUAUAAUUUUUUUAAUAAAUUUUUCUUAUAAAAAAAUAAUUGACUAUUGAAAAUGAUUAGGAUAUUAUAGCUAUUUGUUUUAUAACCAACAUGAUCUAUAUUUGUUAGGAGUUAUCAUAUUAUGUUAUUAUGUUUAGCAGGGAUACAAUUUCUAAACAUUAAAUGCAUUUAUUUAUUUAUUCUCAAGGUUAGGUAGAUUUUAAUUCCAUUUUGUUUUUAAGAAACCAAAGAAAGUAAUUUACACAAUAUAAAUUAAAAUAAUUUUAUCACUUACCUAUUCAAAUUUUGAAUAAUUUUUCUAUUUUAAAUUGGACAUUUAAUUAAAUGAUAUUAUUUUCUCUUAUGCAAUAGGCACUAUAUGACUACCUAUGUUUACAUGAAAUUAAUAAAUUAGUGGGAUUAACUAUGGCUUAGUCGACAGCAUUCAUCAUAAUCAUUGUUUUUGAUUAGGUACCGUCCUCCAUAUUUUAUAUGUAGGCAUAAUACAUAAUAUUUUUAAAUUAAAUUGUUUGUAUUAUGUGAGGUAUUACCAGUGGUUAAGUGAUUUUUAGUUAGAACAAAUCUAAAAGAACGUGAAAAAAGUUUAAAAUUAGGAUUCAUUAACUUCUUAUGUAACCUCCAAAAUUCAAACACCAGUUGACGGUUAUAACUUCUUAUUCACCCCAUUUAUGUGUGAUUCUUAUUAUAAUAUUUAAUAAGCACUUCCGCCACAUACUAGACCUAGUGUUGACCUUAUUCACAAUGUUUUACAUUUUCAGUGUGUGUAAACAAAUUGUUAAGUAUUUUGUUUUUCUUGGAUUUUAAAUAGUUAAUAAUGUUAAUAGCUAGAUACAAGGUACCUACAUGAAACUAUGCAUAUUAAAGUUGUAUUGGUUUGAUUUGUUUUUAGAUUUUUCAUUUUUUGUUUAUCUCAGUAGAAAAGUAAAUGUUAUGUUUUUGAUAUGCGACCAAAGCAAUUUAAUAAUUAUUGAUUUGAAACGUUAAUGCCUUUUAAAUUAUUGAUAGGUACUUAUUUUAAAUCACUUAUCCAACUAACAUAUUUUGUAAAUGUAAUUUAUUUAUAUAUUUUAUUUUAUUUAUUGACUAUCAAUUUUGAUAAUAUUUUAAAAAGUAAACAUUAAAUAUCAAAGUGCUAAGUACCAAAUACUUAUAAUUUAAAUAAACAAUAUUUAAAAUUUAUUUAUAAUACAAGACAUACUUUAUUAUUAUCAUAAUUAAAUAAUGGACAUUAUUUAAAAUAUGAUUCUUUUUUUAGUAUUGAUAUAAGUUAAGUUGUUAACUUCAAAAUAAUAAACAAUACAAAAUACUUAGGUAUCUAGUAGUAUGAGUUUAAAUUUUUAUGAUUCUACUACAGAUUAUCUAAUAUCUUCAAUAGGCUCUCACAAUUUCCACAGAAACUCCUAGUUAACAAUAUACCUAAUACCUAGAUAGUUAUAUAUACAAAAAUAAAUAGUUGGUAUGCAUUAUACGGACACCUACCAUGCAAAUAAGUUUGCUAUGACAAUUUUAAAAGAAAAAUUAAUUUAUUAUAAUUUAUUAUGAUUACAAUAUUCACCUGUUCAUAAUUCGCAAUUUAUAAAUUCGACUGCGAAAUUAAUAGUAAUUUGCGUUCUAAUAUUUCUAAAUUAUGUACCCAAUCGUUUUUGUUAACUAAGAAUUGAAACAGCAGCAUAAUUUAUUAAUGUAGUACCUAUUUAGUAUAGGUACUUGGUAUGCAAAAACGUCACUCGAGAGUAUUUCCAGUCUAUGUAACAUAAUAUAUCCUUAUUUGCCGAGAAUAUACCAUCACAUUUACAAAAAAACACAAGGGUAUAGAAUAAUAAUUCAUAUUUUGGCAUUUUGAAUAUAGUGUAUAUAUUCAGUGGCGAACCGAUAGGGUGGCAUACCGGGCAAUGAUUCACGGGCCUAUGAUAUUUAAGGGCUUAAUGCAUUAUUUUGAAUGGAUGGAUAGAUAAAAAAACAGGCGACGACAUUUUUUGCUUAUUAAGUAAUAGAAGGUGUGCAGACAGGUGUAUGAAAACAGGCAAUGUUCCCCUUUUUUUUCUUCCAAUUUGAGUAAAUUUAUCAUCAACUCGGAUUGUGUAUUUGCCCCUCCCCCAAUUGGUUAUUUUGCCACGUGCAUUAGAAAUUCUAGUUACGCCACUGUAUGUAUUUGUAUAUGUCUCAAAUAUAUAUAUUUUUUUACUAAUGUAUUUAAAAUGUUUAAAAUAUUUAUUAUUAGAUUUUUAAUAAAUACUUGUGUGUUGAAGAGCGUUAUAUACGCGUGUGUUGUGUCAUCCGAAUUAACGAGGGCGAUAGAGCAGAAUAAUUACGUUACUUAGAACAUAAAUUGGAGCGUUCAGGUCAAAAUUAGAGUUCAAAUAUAGGUAACAACAUUCAAAGAGGAGAAUAUUUCCGAGAGCUGGACGUAUCUUUUUUUUUUUAAAGUCACGCGAAAUGUUAAUAGUCAUAUUAGUUUUAGUUAUUUUAAAUAGCUGUACAUUUUUUUGUAUAAUAUGACUAAUUUUUAGAACAAAGAUACCUGCAGUCCCUGAAAAUAUUCUCCUAUCAAAUUUUGUUACUUGUACUCAAACUGUAAUUAUUUCAACUUGACCACCACAAUUUACUCGAAAAUGUAUAUUAUAACUUAUAAGUAGUAAAUAAUGUGAUUUUGCUAUGUCGCCCGUUAGUUCGACGGAAACAGUCUGCAAAUGCGGGUAUUGCGUCUUCUAAAACAAAGUGUAUUUGCAACCGACAAUAAUAUUACGGAAUUUAUCGAUAUUUUCAACACGAUAAAUAACAAAAGUCAUAUUGUUACAGCAAUAAUUUGAAAUAAACCUAGUUGCAUAAUAUUAUGGUUAUCUUCUGAUUCGGGGUGAUCCUAUACAGCGGUUACGCAAAUAAAGGGAAGGUAACUCCUCUUAAAUGUUAGUUAAUAUUUUACGUAAUAUAUGUAGUCGCAUAAUUAUUAGCAUAUAGCGAUUUUCCAGUUGAUUUCAGUAACCCUAUUUUAUUAUAACGACGUUCAAUAGAUUAUGAACGACGACGUGAGAUUUAGUUUUUUCUGUGACUUUUUUAUCUAAAAAAUGUGUUGCUUUGAUCAUCAACACCAUGGUUGAUGUCAGGUGGACAAUUUUUUUCAAGUUGGUGCUUGAGGAAGUCAAUUUUUGAUUUCUCCUGUAGUUUUCUUGAUAGUUAGAACAAUUUACGCAAUAACGGUUUCUGAUAUUUUCGAUUUUAAUUUUACGUUAUUGUUUUAGUUCAGUUAAAACAAUCGUAUAGAGACAUUAAAUGUUCACAUAAUACAUAUUAUAUUAUUAUUCCGUAUAUUAAGCCGGAAAUUAACGAGUUAGAAAGUUACUUUUUAAGUAGCUUCAUAAGUUAACUAGUUGGUUUUAAUUCAUAUUAACAUUGUAACUCAACGAGUUGAAUUUAAUAUGUAAAAUAAUCUAAUCUAAAUCUUUAAAAACAAUAAAAAACUAGUAAUUUUUGUAUUUUUUUUUUUUAAAUUUCAAAAAUCCAAAUUUUCCGUAAAACUGCCGGAGGCCGCCGACCAUUAGUACCUAUAGCCGUGAUACUAAUUUAUGAAUAAGGAAUAUUGAGUAUUUUCCUAGGGUUAGGUAGUUCGUCAGUGAAUCGGGAGUUGUUGAUUCGUGAUAAAGAGAAUUGUUUAAUUUAAUGCAUUGGGAACUUAGAGUGAACUGAGUCAAGUGAACUGAUACGUGGCAUUGAGUUGAAAAUCCCAUCCCUAGUAUUUUAAAUUUUAUGAUAAAAACAUUUUGCUUGUUAUAUUAUUUCUUAUCAAUUCUUUAUAUCAGUUGUACUUUCUAAUAAUAUGCUGUAACCACGACGCAUAUAGUGUGGCUGAUAGAUAAAUAGAUUAAAUAGAUAUUUAGGUAAAUAAUAUCUAUAGUGGUGGUUUAAACCGUAUGCAGACGAAAGCGGUGGCGGUAAAUUCGGCGAAUUUUAGUAGUGGUGUAUUGGAGUUAUCGGCGGCAGUGUUGCCAGGGCUAGGGUUUUUCCCUACUUUGGGAAUUUUCCAAACUUGUUUUUCUCGUAGAAAAUAUUGGGGAUUUGUCAAUUGUUGGGGAAAAAUUGUAGGUUUUGGUAGGACAUCCAAUUACUUAAUUAAUGUAAAAAAAAAAAUACAUUAUGAUUUUUGUUAUCACUCAUCCAAAUCUGAAUAUUCAAGAUUAAAAUCUUAAAUUAUAUUCGUCCUUAGUAUACGAUAUAAUAGCGUUUUCCAUAUGUGUGCACUGUUGAACCUAGAGCGAGCAAUUGAUAUUGCCCAAAAAAUUGCUUAGUGCAGUCGAAUAAUGAAUCACUCAAAACACAAUUUUUACAGUUAUCAAUUACUUUAUCUUUGAUCAUAAUUUAUGAUUUAACAUACAUUACGAUUUACGAAACAACUAAACUGGUUACAAUUAUUCCAUUAUCAGUCGAAUGGCAAUUAUCUGUAGGUACACUCGUAGACGAUAAAUUUAAAAUCCCUGAUUUUCGUUUAUUUUGCAAUAACAGUUAAUAAUAAUACAAUAUAAUGUUAGGUAACUAUUUUGUAUUUCUGUUAAAAAAAUAAUAAAAAUUAUUAUCUGUGAUAAUGAAAUAGAUUAUUGUUCAUUUACAAUAAAUUUGUUAUUAGUUAUUAUUUUAGAUGAGUAUUACGUUAAAAAACAUUAAGGACUGAACGAAGCGAUAUUAAGGAAGGAUUACCUAUCUACGAUCUACCUAUCUAUUUAAAACAUUUGAUCAAAUUAUCAGUUGUUCAAUUUAAUUUUUCAAUCAUCACAAAUAAUUUAAGUUAGUUACCUAAAUAAUAAUUGAUUUAUGUACUACUUUACAUUUGAAUAAACGAAUUUUAAAUAUAUAUUUAAAAAAAAAAAUAACUUCUAACUUAUAUUUUAAUUUAAGUAAUUAUUUUCUCCUAACAAACUUCUAACUAAUUUUGAAAUUUGGAAAAUUUCUGAAACUAACUUAUAUUCUAAUUUAGUUUUUAUAUUUACAUAACUUAACUUUAACAGCUUUGAUUAGUCCUUUCCAGGCGUGGUUUAAAGUUUCGGGUGGUUCGUGAGCUAUUUGCAGUCAUUUGAAAUUAUUGGAUUUUUUUUGGUUUUAUGCUGGUAAAAUCGUUUUAGCCCAGUAAAACUGUUCGAUUAUUACUAGGUUUAUCAUAAUUUGUGUUUAGCGGUAAAACAAGCGUAAUGUUGUAAUUUUUCUAAGGAAGUUCAAAUUGUUAUGAAAAUCGUUACAUUUUACAUCAUGUUUAACCGAACCCUGUUCAGAAAAGUUUUUCGUUACUAAUAAUUUUAUUUUUCUUCCCAUAUAAUGUAAUGUUAAAUAAUGAACCGCGGUUUCAAUGUCUUCGUUGGCUAUUAUUGAAACUUAAGUGAAUUUUGUGCGUUUAACAAAUUAUGGGCAGUCCGCAAUGGCAUGUUGUUAAUCGAAUAUCUACCCACGUGUCGCGGUUUCUUUAAUGAUAGCACGUGCUUAUUAAUAAUUCGUUAACAAGAGUUGUACCAGUAUUUAUUAGUUUGAUAAUAUCGGUGUGUAAAAUAACAAAAAAGAACAACAACAAUUUUAAGAAGGAAAUACUUACAUAAUAAUUGAAUUUAAUCGUUUAUUUAGUAGAAUGAAAUUUAGCUAUAAUAAACGUUUUGUUUUGUUUUUACUUAGACACACUCGAAUUACGAUAAUAUGUUUAAAUUUAAUUUUUGUGUGGAUAGGUCUUGGAGUGUAUUUAAGCAUUUGCUGUAAAAAUUUAAAUAAUUUAAUCAGUUUUCUACAAAACUAGAAAUCCAGAUCUAUAUAAUAUAAUAUAUACACCAGCCUUUUUGCAUUUAAUUAAAAUCAUGAGUUAUUUUUUUUGAAAAUUAAAUUUUUCAUGACAGUUUCGAUUAGGUAUAUGGAACAAAUUUAAUGUUAUUUCUAAUUUACAUCAAAAUAAAGACUAUGCACUUGACGGGUUGACUUUAAAAUAAUAAACUAUUUAACGAAUACCUUUUUCGAUGUACCUUGGGUUCUGAACAAUAGGUACCUAUAGUCUACAAUGCAAAUAAUUACUCCGUUUUGUUAGUUUUUUGUAUUUUUGUAAACAUUUUUCUUUUUUUGUUUAUGUAAUUUUAUUUUUAAUCAUAAUUAAAACACGAUAGGCAGUUAUGCCUAUCUAAUGAUUAAUGACUAGUGAAUUCAUUUAACACAUCGCAUAUUCAGUGGUGCACACAAAAUGGGGGUGGGUCCGAUCUCCUCCCCCCCGAAAUUUCAUCCUUCACUGCAUUUUUUAAAUCAAGUUUUACAUUCAGCAACAUACUAUCUUAUACAGUUAUACCACAGCAUAAAAUAAUAGUGAUAAUAUUGAUAAUAUGUGCUAUCCCUUCCCGGAAAUUAUUAUAAACAAAACCCAUCCCGAAAAAAAACCUUGUCUGCGCUACUGCGUAUAUUUAUUUAUUAAAAAUAGACAAUUGUAUUUAGAAAAAAAUUUGUUAAAACAAUUAAAGAAAUGAUAAUUUAUAAGUUAUAAGUUCUAAAACAAAACUAGAUAUUUCAAAGUUGUGAAGAUGUAUUUGAAAUCUUGUUCACGAUUUUUAGCAUUAAAUUAAUAUUAUAUUGAUUUUGAUCGGUCCUUAUUUGUUGAACUUUUUAAUUUUAGAUUUCUCACCCAUUAAUUUUAUUCAUUACCAUAAGAAAGUAAUUUUAGUCAAGUAUAGAUAGUGCUUUUAGUUGUGUGCUUGUGUUUUUACAACUUUUCUAUCAGAAAUCUUGCUACAGUAAAAAAAAUUGUUACAGCUUCUCAAACAUGCUUGUAAAUUUGAUAUAAAGUUCAUUGUCACUUUAUUCAUACGCUUUUAAAGUUGAAAUGUUAAAGAUUUAUCAUUUACGUGAAUAAACUUUCAUGAAUGUUAUGGUAAAUAUUGUAAUUAAAAAUAAAAUCUUACUUACGAUUUUUUUCUCUCUGUUUUAUAUUUAUCAACUUUUAUCAAUAUUUAUUGACCUACCAAAUUAUAGUGGAAACCUAUUUUUUAAAAAACAAAAACCCGAUGCAUUUUAUUAUGACAUUCGAGUUGCAUAUUAUUCAACGCUAUAACGAUUUUUUAGUAUUUUAGUAUUUAAAAUAUUAAAUACGUAGUUUCCAUCAAGGUCAUCUAUAAUAUAGAUACUAAGAGUAAACUAACCUUAACUAAUAAAUACAUAAAUACUACUAAAAUACUAAAUAGAGUAUGGAUCAAAUCAUAUUAUGAAUGACAUUGAUUUUGAUAUUUCUUCCUUAUAUUUAUUAGGUUUAAUGCAUAUUAUCUAUUAUAAAUUUAUAGAUAUAUGUAUACUCUAAUAUAUUAUGUAUUUCUAUACAUACAUAUAUUAUUUAUUUAUCAAAAUAUUUUUAUCGUUGUCCUAUCCAUGUUUCCAUCGGAUUCAACUUAUUUGUCACUUGAAUUUUAUAUAAAAACAAAUAAAACGCAUAUUAUUUCGACUAUCAACCAUUCGAUGAAGUCCAUAAAUAUUUUAAUUGAAGGUUUCAUACCAGUUAGGUAUAGUCGACUGUUUACAUUAACAUUAUUAUAUUAUGAACGACGAGCAGAAUUCCUUUUCGAUGUCGUAUGACGUAAAGAAAAAAAAAAAAAAAAAAAUAACAACAAUUUCGUGACUAACCAGCAGCACGUGUUAUAAAAUAUCUCCACGUGCGUGUAUGCGAUUUAAUCGAACAUUUUUAACUAUACCGUACAUACCUAGUACGUUUUGAAUGAAAUUUUUAUUUAUGAAUGAACAAACAUACAUAAUUAAUUUUUAAACCUAAAUAAUCAUUGUAUACUUUUUCAUGAUUUGAACUUUUGCGGGUAUCCGUAUAAACGUUAAUUAUAAUAUAAUUUUAUUUAAAUUAUUAUUGUAUUUCAAAUGGAACGAAAAAUCAUGGCGAUUUUAUUAAACAUCGAAUUCUAGAUACUUAUUUCUUAAAAUAUCCUAACAAAUUGUUACUAAAUUAACUUCGGUUGAUUGAAAAUGCAAUUUUUCCUAAAAAAAAUAAAUAGGUUUCUUAAUGAGCAUAAGAAAUAUAGAAAUUAUAUCGCACUAUUUGAACGGAAAUGUGACUAAAUUCAAAAAAGUUUGAUUUAUAUCACUUUCCUAUCGUGAAAAUGUAGUUCUUUACGAUACACUGCCGUAUUUUCUCGUAUCUACAGUAUUAAACAAGUUAACGAGAAAAUUUUAUCUCAAAAUAAUACACUAUAUUGAAUUACAAUUAAUUUAAUUAGUGCUUUAUUCCACUACACUGGUACAUACAUAAAAAAAAAAAUUAAAAUAAUUCAUCAGAUAAUUCAACUUUUAGAUGCUGAGAAAACGAUUUUAUUAUGAUGUUUUUUAAUUUUUUUUCUUGUGUGUCUGUAAACAACCACAAAAGAAAUCUUGCUCCAAUCAAAGACUUUUUAGGAACUUUCUUGUAGCACUUUUGAUCUAGUUAAUGCAUUGAAGAAUUCAUUUUUUGGUUUUCUUAAUAAGUGGAAUAACCUGGCAAUUUUUGUUGAUUUCUGGGUAACCUUGACAAUGAGAAAAAAGUACCAAAUAAUACUCAGCUCAGAAUAGUUUUUCGUCAGUUAUGGUUUGUCAUUGGUAUACAUUAAAUUACCUUCUACUAAAACAGUGGUACACCUAUAAAUUCGUUUUUCUAAAAACUUUGGUUUUUGAGGUACUAUAUCAUUCUAUUAAGUACGAUGUAUUUCUAGGUAAAUUUCACAUUCAUAUAGAUAUAUGAAUAUCUAUAUUGACGCAUAUGCAGUUGUGUUUUAAUUAUUUUACGAAUCAAACAAUUAGUAUUUUUAUAAACGCAAUACUGUGUAAUUUAUGUAAUAAUUACGCGUUGUUCGUUAUUUUUUUUUUUGUAGUAUUUUUAAUAUUUAGAAUAUGUAUGUAUAUACAUUUUGUUUAUACACGUAUUAUUAUAAUCUUUUUAUACAUAUAUGUAAGAUUAAUAUUUUACUUUAAACUCUCCUAUUGUCUGUGUACGAAUAAUAUUCGUUUCGUUUAGCGACUUUUUAAAAAUAUUAAAGUUUUGUAUAAUAAUUAUUUAUUAGAGACCGGAUUUGUAUAUUCUCUUAUAAUCUACAAAAAGGCGCUUAAAAACGUCAGUAAAGCAUUUAAAACCGUGAAAAUGAUAGAGGGGUUUAAAAGUCCCCCCCUCUUUUAAUGAGUAUAACUUAUUAAGUUAAAUUUCUUAACAUUACUUAAAUGAUUAACACAAAAUUAUUUAUUCUAAAUAAAAUCGUACGUAUUAUUAGAAAAAAUUAUUUUUUAUUAAAUUUUGUGGUGUAAGAAUAUUGUAAUAUAAGUUAAAUCCAUCAGAAAGGGACUUUUAACCCUCUAUUAUUUUUGAUUUUUUUAAUAUUUUUUAAGAGCUUUUUUCAAGGCUUGUUUUAACGUUUUCAAGUGCUGUUUUGUGGAUUUUAAGAACAUAAAUCCGGUAUUUAAAUUAAUACUAUUAUCUUCGACGGGAUUUGUCGCCGUACUGGCCAUUAUAUUAUUAUUUUUUUUUUUUAUAGAAAGCUCGCGUAUUUAUAUGGUCUACUAUACAUGUGCUACUAUACAUACUGUGCGCUCGUUUUACAAUAUCUACUAAUUAAAAAAAAUGUUCAUUUGCAGACAACUAAACACACAUGCACACACACACAACACAUACAUAUUAUAUAUUGUAUAAAUGUCACCGAUAACCUUCGCGUUGUGAUAAUAAUAUACCUAUAUAUUAUACAGGGUAUUUCGUCAUAUUAAUGUAUAUUGUUUAUAAUAUAUUGUCGUGUUAUAUUCGAAAAAGGUAUACACUUCCUUUGCCUACCUAUUCGUAUUAUAUACAGUAUUCAUAUAAUAUAGAAAUUCUCACGCGGUUAUACUAAUAGAAAUAAUUUACAAGGUGAUUAUUUUUAUCGUUUCAAUAUGCAUAUUUUAGCUAGUAAAAUUUUCACCGCGAAAACGUGCACAUUUCGUAUUGAUUUCGCGAGUUACCCAUUCAUUUUCACUUCUAUUAUUAUCGAAUAUAUGGUUUAUACAAAGCAGGCGCGGUCUUAUUUCAUACUAUUAUUGUUUGGGUAUUCUUGAAUUAUAUAUACUUUUAGAUUCUGAGCAGAGCGAGGAAUGUAUUGGUUUUACAAUCAUUUUUUAUUCCUGUAAACAACUACCAGCAAUUUUGCUUCGAUUUUGAAGUACUGCACUUUUUCUGAAAGGAAAUCUGUCUGGGGUGGUAUUUUAUGAAGUUAAAUUAUUUUCCAAUUGUUUUCAUAAUAAAUGGAAAAAAACCGGGUAAAAUUAUGGGAAAAGGUCGUUUUUUGUUAGUAAUAGUUAAUCGUUGAGUACAGAUUUACAUUGAAUUUUCCCUCUAUUAUCUUCCCAACUUCUCACCUAUAACAGUGGCCCACCCACGUGCAAAGUAUGUCAGUCUUUCUUUUUUUUUUUGUAAAUCGGUUAAUGAUAAUCGUAGAGAAACCGGAUUUUAUCGCAUAAAGAAUAUAAUAUAAUUUAUCAGAAUAUGUUCUGUGGCUAAUAUUAUUGUACUUAAUUAUAUAGUAUACUAUAAUAUAAGUUAACCAAUAUUAGUCCUUACUCCUUUUAAGAUGUGAUAAAAAAAAAAAUUUGUGUCGAUUUUUGAGCUAUUUAUGGCGAUUUGAAAUGAUCGUCCGACUUUUUUUCGUCUGACGAUUAUCCUCGAAAAUUUAUUACGGGGUUCUUCAUUGAUUUCAAUUGUAGUGGUAAAAAAAAACAUACGAACUCAAUGUUAUCAUUUUUUUUAGGCGUUUUAAGUUUAAAUUUGAAUGGAAAUCGUAAAAGUCGUAGGUACAUUUAAAUGUUUAGAUAUUGGAAAUAUGAAAAUUAUAAUGUGCUAUAUAUCGUAAAAUUUCAAAGUUUACUGUAGUACUAUUUCUAAUACUUAAACUGAUCUAACCUAUAACCUAACGAUUGGUACCAAUAUAUGUAUAAUACAUUGUAUGUCAGUGGUGGAUUUACCGGAUGAGAAGGUUCAAGAAGUCUAGAUAGACUCCUCCCCAGACAGUGAUAUAAUUUCAAAAAUAUGUCGUCUAAAAAUAGGCAUCUAUUAAUAUAUCUUCUCAGGAUCCCUCCUAGAAUGUUGAAAAUCCGCCAAUGAUGUAUGCGAUAUCUAUGUAUGUCAAAAAAUGACAUGAAUAUGAGUCUGCCAUCUACCUAACCUUGCAGUAUACUAUUAAGUUAUACUACGAGAGUGAGAUUCAGUUCAAGGGCGUUGACCGGACGAUGAAUUCUUGUAUAUUAUAUUUUGUGCGCAAAAAAACAACAAAACAAAUCAACCUUAUAUACUAUAUACGAGUAAUAGCUACCCGUUAUACGUAGAGAUGUGUGAGCUCCACAAAUUUCUUAUUGACCGAAAUUGUCUGUAGGAAAUUUAAUACAAUUUAGAUUUUUACGCACAUUUUUAAAAUAAAUAUUUAAUUUUGGAUGUUGAGGUCCAACUUUUAUUUAUAUUCUCUAUUGUAUUGUUUUUAGAGUUAGUUAAUUUAGCUAAUUUUUAGUUAAUUAGUUAUUCAAAAGCCUAAGAUUUAAUUUAUCGGUUUAAUGGCGUUAAAGUAUUACGUAUAUAAUUGAACACAUUUUUGGAUUUUUAAAUUUCCUCUCCUCAUCCUCUUGUCAGCAAACAAUAGACGCGCCCAUAUAAGAAAACCCCCGAAAUUCAAUAAAACAUGAUCAUUAUUAUUUGUUUACGUUUUUUUUGAAGAAACGAAACGGCAGCGAAUAAGGACUGUUUACGUUAGCAUAAUGCAUCCCCGUCUUCUUUUCUCAGCACACGACUGAGUACUCCUUAAUACAAAAUAAAAGUAUUCUUCGCUUCUUUCAGAACCUAAAACAAAAAAUAUACAUUUAUAUAUUUCAGUUGCUGUAACGCGAUACAUAUAUUAUUAACUCGAUAGUUAUUUGAGAAAUUAAACCAAUUCUAUGCAAUUUCAAAUCAUUACGUAUAUAAUAUUAUAUAUACAGGGAUUUUUCAAUUGUUCCAUCAACGUUUAUUUACGUAGAUUUUUGAUAUGAUUUUCAGUCAUCAUAGAAUCGUUUAACGAUAUAUUAUUUACAUUAUUUUCAAAAUGUUACCUUUAUUCGGUAUUCCUAACCUUCCGUACCACUAAAAACACAUAUCAACUUUUGAUUUUAAAAUCUCUCUUUCCCAUUUGAAUACGAAUUCGAAAGUGAAUAUUUUAGUUUUUUUUACAUAUAUUAUUUAACUGUAGUUAAAGCUUAUUACUCUUAAAUUUAAUGGUGAAACUAUUAAAUCGAACGGAAAUCAGUUACUUACUUGAAGUCCUCCUAAAAAGAUCAAUGGCUGAAGCCAAGGGUGAAAAAAGUGGACAUUUUGAUACGGGUAGAAUAUUUGGUUUAAGUGAUUUUGUUUUAUUAGUUGCUAGUCAAAAUAAUAUUAAGUGGUUACGGACACGCCAUGCUAAUUGACGAAACAUGCAAAAUUAGAACAGCAAUCCAAUGGAUAUCAGAGGUAAAACGUAAAAACGGUAGUCGGACGGAAUACAGUAAUAAUUAUAUGUACAGAGGUCGAAAGUGAUAUAUUGGGACGACUAAAAUCCAUACAGAUUUGUGAGGCCACACAUUGUACGGCGACGAUAGUGAAAAAUAAUAAUGAACAAUUUAAGACUGUAUUUAUAAUGAAAUAAAUAUAAAAUCGUAUAGGAUUUUUUUAUUCGGGGAGGGGGCCAUGACUGUUCCGGAUAAAACCUUAUGGAGAACAUUAAAAAAAGAGCGGCAAAAUGUUCUCGCACGCGAGAAAAUCGCCGGGCGAUAAAAGAAUCACUCUGUAUAAUAUUAUAAUAUACGCGAACAUUGCGGACGAAUGAAAAACAAUAAUAAAAUAAGGGCAUUCACUUAAUAAUAAUACUAUGUAAUUCGAGUGUAAAAUAUGAAUGAUAAUGCAUCACGAAGCGAACCCGUAUCUAUACCUGUAAAAAAUUGCAUGCACGUAUAAAUAGGUAUACAAACACGCGGUGGUGCGCGCGCAUCCGGUUGCGGGCCACGCGUUUAGCGCACGGCGGCGACGGAUGCGCCGUAGGUAUUGGUGGACCUGUUCGGCGGCGGUUUUUACUUCGUUCGUCGCCGCGGCCGCCGCAGUCUCUGUCAGCCAUGGACGUCGGUCCCAAGUCUGAGUAUCUGCACGACAGCGCCCAUCAGUUCGUGCCGUUGGGCUUUAGGCACCUCAAUAAAGAAACGUGGGUCGUGUCCAAAAGCCUCGAACGGGGUGAGUAUGUUAUAUUAUACACUAUACGCCUGCCUAUACUUGCCGCGUUUGUAUACCCGCCCCUGCAGAGUGAUAGGGGAACAGUGAAGUGUUAUUUUUGUCCGCAAUAAGCGGUCGCAGUAAAAUGGCGAGAAAAUCUAGCAACGACCCGGGCCCAGAAGAUAACUGUAAGGCUACAGCAAGACGUUCCUUAACAUAAUAUCUAACGACAACGUCCUCCUCUCUCUCUCCCACACCCGAUUGAUAGACCUGCGUUUUUUUUUUUAUACUCCUAAUUUUCGCAGAAUUCGUUCAUAAAUUCUUUGGAUUUCGUCGCGUAAAAAAAAAAAAAAAACGUUCGAUUAGGUUUUCCGAGGUGCUAUAACGAGAAAACGGCGGUUUUUGGCGUCGUCGGCUUCGACAACCUUUUUGUUAGGUCACCAUAUAGUCUUUUGAACUUAUAUAAUAAUAAUAAUAUUUAUAUAUAAUUAAUAAUAAUGUAAGUCUUAUAGAAGUAAUAGCCAAAGUCUUAUAGAACUAUAGCCGGUCGAGUGAAUUAAGCCCCUACCCCCCCCCCCCCUUGUGAUGCGUUCCGACAACGGUCUUUCGAGAUUAUUCCUCGUGCAGUACUCUCGGUUAUCUUAUCAAAUCAAAUAUUAUUAUAGGUACUCGAAACGAUUUUUUUUCUCGCAUUAAUCAAUUUAUGUGUCUACGCCUUUUUUUAUAUACAUAUAAUUGUUGUCGCGAUUAUAUUGCUUGUUGCUCUCGUUCACGGCCCGCGUACUCACUUAAUACAUAUUAUUAUUAUUAUGGUAUAUUUCAACUCGUCAGUGUUAUUGAAAUUUUCGAUAUUAGGUAUGUUUUAUCUUGGUAGUAGCGGAAAAGUAUCGUGUAAAACAGAUUCUUAAUUGCUCUCGGUUCAAACAUGAAUAAUAAUUUAAAAAAAAAAUAAAUAUUUUUAUCCGUUUUAAUUCAAUUUGGGAUAAAUUACGUUGUUGUACCUACACGCGUAUUAUAUUUUACGUUGUUUUACCGUGAACAAAUAUUAAUAAUUAUGUUGUAACAUUGUGAUUUUUAAUAGAUAAUAGUAUACUAUUAUGAAUAAAAAUAGGUAUGACGAAACAUUAUGAAAUACAAUCGAACCCUGUGUACCUAUACAUAUAACUAUAUAAACUAUAUAAUUCAAGUUGUGUUACAUAUUAUAGUUAUCGGAUGGAAUAGUAGUUCGAACAUUUCAAUUCGGUAUUUUCCCAUGAAAAUAAAAACAUAACCUAUCAUAUUUUCAUUUGAGGACCUCCGUUUAGUGCAAAGUAAUAGUUUUAAUGCGUUUUAAUUAUGUUUACCCGCAUUAUAAAAAUAGAAAAUAGAAUUAUCAGCCGGUGGUGCAAGUGCUAACUUUGUACAAGUCAAUAAUUUACAAUACUGUAUUUAUUUAAAACGAAACCACAUUGAGAUCUGCACAAUAUUAAAUUAACUUGAGUUUUCAUUAAAUUUUCUUCGGCCGAUAUAAUAUUUUUAUUAAUAUCUUGGUGAUCUUCGCCGGUCGAAUCAAUAGACAACUAAAAUUCUAAAUUCUCGAUUACUUGAACAAAAUACCAAUACAAUAUAUAUGUAUGAAUAUGUUUUAUUAUUCAAGUUAUCAAAAUUAAUUACUAAUUAGGUAGUAGAGGUACUAAAUCGUAUCUGUACAUUUUAAGAGACCUACUAUUAUAAUAUAAGGUAAUUUAUAUGAGUUGCAUUCGAGAAUUAAUUCAAAUUCGUGUGACUCAACCGUGCAUACUAUAAUAAUACAUAUUAAUCUAAUCACAUAUUAUAACUUCAAGUAUAUACAAUUAAAAUAUUGUUUUUUGUUUGAACGCAAGUGACAAAUAUAAUUUAAGUAAGUGCGGUAAAGAAAACUGGUAGAUCGUUUCCAUAUUUCGCGUGUUUCAUAUACACAAAAUGUAUAUACAAUCCGUUCGAGCUUAUCGAUCGAAUUUUGAUAAUUUCAAGUAAGUUACUGGGGCUGCGCUUUAUAAACUAUAAUAAUGCGUAAUCGGUAGAAAAAAAUAAAUAUACAUUCCUCACUGUGUUAUAGAAAUCCGAAACGGUUUAUUCGAAUAAUAUUAAAUAUACAAGUUUUAGACUUUUUAGAUAAUCGAACUAUAGGAAAAGCGAUUGAAAUGUUAAAUUUUUUUUCCUUUUUCAAAAUGGCGAUUUAACAUCAGUAUAUUUCAGGGUUGGUAACAGCAUACGCAUAUAAAACGUUUUAUACGUUACACGUAUAAAAUUACUAAAACGAAUACAACUUUAUAAUGACAGACAAGGAAUUCUACAUUUUUUUUUUUUCCGAAAUCUAUAAUUAUUAUAAUAGUGAUAAUAUUGUACAUUUUAAAUUUUAAUAAGUAUAAACUUAUAAAUUGAUAUAACAUAUUAAUAAAUAACAUUAACUUAGUGGAUUUUCUAAAAUUAAAAAAAAAAAAUUUAUAUUUUUUAUUAUAAAUAUCAAUGUAGUUAUUAAUAAGGAAUAAAGAUGCGAACUUAGUAAUUAAUAUAACAAAUUAUCACAUAUUAUAUAUUAGGUAAUCUAUAUAAGAUAAUAUAUUAGAUAAUAGAUUAAAUGUCGUGGUUAUCAUUUAUUAAUAUCAAUUGACAAUUAUUAUAUCUGAAAAUUGCUGUUCAGUGCAGUCAUAAACGGCAUAAACAAAAUUUGUAUAAAGUUUAAAUCGUAUUGAAUUAUUAUAGGUAGUAUUAUUAUUGUACGUUUUAUACGUGUUUUUUUUUUCACUGUAUUAUACGUUCUAACUCUGGUAUAUUUGGAUAUAAAUAUAAUUAAGAUUAUUAAUUCGAGUUAAGUUAAUGUAAAUAAUAUAUCACAACAUAGCAAUGCACUCUAGAUAGAACAAUAUUAAUAAUAAUGAACAAAUUAUGUAUAAAACGUCAUCAUCCAUUUAGGUAUACCUGCGUCACGAGUAUUUAUUGUUGUUAUUAUUAUUAUUAUUAAUGUUAAUUUAUUAUUAUAGUCGGUAAUAAGCGAAAUUUCAAUUGCGCAGUUCUUCUUUAUUUUUCGUACACAGAGCGAUUUUUUUUAUUAACUUUUAGGUAACCUGUAAGUAUUGUACCUGUAUAAUAUUAUCAUCUAAUAUUUAUUAUUAUCUAAUAAUAAUUAGAUAAUCUGAUAAUAUUUAUCUAAAUAUUAUCUAUAUCUAAUUUCUUUUUAUACUUAACUCGUAAAAUUUCUCUACAAAUUUCGGUUAGAUUAAAAAAUUAAUAAACCUUUGUAGUUGAGUGCACAUUAUAAUAUUAAAUUAUUAUCAAUGUGUUAAUAAUUCGUAGAUAAUUAUAAUUGCGCCUAUACUCGCCAUGUUUUAAAAGUUAAAACUAUUGAUAUUAUUCAAAGUUUCUAUGUGAAAAUUUAUUUUUCAAUAAUGCUUGUUAUAAAUGUUAUUAUCUGUGAACUAUAAUAACUAUUAGUUUUGAGUUAAAAUUAAAAAUUGUUCAUAAUAAUAAAAAAAAAAAAUUAUGUAAAUAUACCUGUAAUAGUAACAAAACUGAUUUAUAUUUACGUUUUAUUAGAAUUUAUUUUCUUGAUUGUAUUAUUAUACAUGCGUUCUGUUUGUACGGGUUCGAUAAAUUUAAAUUGCGGGUUACGAGUAAUGUAUGGUACAAUAAUUACACAUUUAAUACGGAGAUAUUUUAAAUUAGUUUUUUUUUUUUUAUGAAUGAUGAUAAUAUUUGUAUGUGAUAAACGAUGAUUGAUAACAUAUAUAUAUAUAUACAUAUUUUUAUAAACAAAAAAUAAUUAUCUAAUAAUAUUUUGAUUAUUUACUUUUUAUAUAUUAUUGUAUUCGUCAAUUUGAUAAAUUGCAUAUAAUUAUUAAUUGGGUAUCUUUGUUGUUUUUUUUUUCUGAAUGAAUUAAUAAAUUAUUUUAAAAUACGUUUUACACAAUAAUUGUAGCCGUAUGUAUUAUCAAUUAUAAAAUGAAAUGCUAAUUUUGUAAUUUCUUUAAAAUUAGACCCGGAAUUUAAAUAAUAAUUAAAGCCCCUUGAAAAUAAUUAUCUUAUCUAAGCACAAAUUGUUGCCUUAUAAUGUUGAGGUAUUUUGACUAUAAUACAGUUAUAUAUUUAUUGUAACAUUUACUCUUUAAACAUUUUUUAUAUCGACCAAAUAAUUCUUAAUUUUAUUAAUCAAUCCAUUUCAUUAGUUUAUUAAUAAUACAGAUAUUUUAUAAACGUUAAACUUUGUUGAAACUAAAAUAUACUAUAUUUUUAAUAAUAUGCACCAAAAUAUAUUAUGUACAUGUGUAGAACUACAAAAAUAAUUCGAAAUUUAAUAUAUAGUUUAAUUUUUAAUUUUAAAUAAAGCAUAAAAAAAUUUAGAAAAUUCCUUUUUUUUCGCGAAAUUGUAGCUAAAAUUUCCCCGAAUGGAAGAAAAUGUCUUAUGCUAUAGUAUAAUAAACGCUUUAAAUGACUAUGCGGACGAAAAUUUCGCUGGGACAAAAUUUGUUUUUCAUUUUUUCAUUUUGGUUUGGUUUGACUUUCGUUAUCUUAUUUGACAUUUUUAUAAUUAAUGUAUUCAAAUGCCACUCACCGCAAUGAGCUUUUAUUUCUAAUUUGACCUUUUUCUAUAAUUUCUUAAUUAAUAACAGUAGACGAUUUAGCGUAAUUUUGGGAAGUGCGUAAUAUAUCUACGUAUUACGGUAACUUCAUCGUUCAUAAAUUAUCUAAAAAAACGGGUGGUUUCAACUAUCUAUUUACUUUGGUAAGUUUAAUGUAUUAUGAUUUUUUUUGUAAUUUUGUUUUUUAUGUUCCCGCACAACUUAUAUUGAAUAUAUUUAGAUUUAGUUUGAUAAAACUUUUGGCUUUUGCAGGAAAACUAAGGUGGGUUUUUUCCUUUCGACAUUUUUUAAAUCUUAUAUACACAACAAGGCGAGCUUUAUAAACGCAUAGAAUCACAAUUAAAAAUCCGAUAAAAACAAUUAAAUGAAUAACUCAUUAAUAAAUAUAUUAAAUUGUUAUUGUGGUAUUUACUAUACCGUGAUUAUUAAUUUCGUAUCUAAUAAUGUUUGUUUUAUGUUCACCUUUCUCUCCUGCAGUCUCAAUUUGAAUAAUAUUUUCAUUUGACUAUAUAAUAUAUUCAUAGAUAAUAAUUAUUUCAUUAUCCAUGCAUACAUUUAUACACACCUACAAUAAUAAUAAGAAUAAUAAUAAUAAUAAUAAUAAUAUAAUAUUGUAUCAUCAGUAUAUGACUUUUGUACUAUAUUAUGCUUCAGCUUUUAUAUUGUAAUCUAAGAAAUAAUAACAGUAUUAUAUUACUAUUACGAUUAAGUUAAUUUACGAUUUUUAUUUUAAAAGACUUAAAAAUCGAUUAAUAUAAUAAAUCACUAGAUAAGCCUGUAUCCUGUUAGGUAUAUUAAUAGGUACUUUAUAAUUUGAUACCGUACGCACUAAUAUUGUCAUUGAACAGUAUAGUUUUGUUUAAACCAUAUAAUAGGUACCUCGUUGUCCUAAGAACGAUUGUGACGAGUAUACAAUAGGUAAAUGUUAUUUUUUUUUAAUUUUGUUAAAUUGUAUACGAGAUUUAACAAAUCUUAUGACAUUAAAUUGUAAUAUCUUCUUGAACUUUCCAACUUCCAACGUUUGAUAUUCAACGUUCCGGACUUCCGAAUAUUAAUUGCAUUUAAUUGAGAUGAGUCGCCAUCAUCUACCUCAACCUACAGGUUUUUAACAUUUUUUUUUUUGUUUUUUCAAUGUUUUUUUUUUUUUUUUAUUUUAAUUUAUUGUAUCGUAAAUCAAAGGUAUGUCAAGAGUUAGUUGGUUUAUAUGUUUGGCAUGACGAGGGGCAUCGUGUGUGUGUUGAAAGAAAGAGAAGUAGAGAAAACCCAAAGAAAAUAAUAUCUUUUUUGACUUAUAAUAAAAUAUAUUGUAUACACAGGUGACGUGAAAGAUCGUUGUAAGUGCGAGAGAUCGAGGACUAAGGUCGACAUGAGCGUUUUGAAAUCAAAUUUAAACGAAAAUUGCAAACAAAUUACGGCACUUUAAAUUAUGUAUUACCGAACUGCGCUCGGAAUCUUCUUUCGUCAAGCAAUGGAUUAUCUUUGCUUACAGAUAUAAAUGGAAUAACCUUAUGUAUUCUUUCUUCCCAAAUGUUCACCUAUAACAGUGGUCACUCCCAUCCCCAGUAUCAACUCUUUAUUUUUAAUCUGUAUAUAUACUUGGUAUUGAUGAAACAUAUACUGCAUAAUAAUAGAUAUUAUUAUGGAUAAUAGAUAUUACAAAUUGGUUUGUGAUUAAAAUGUUCACAUUCUUAUCUGUCGUGUAUAAUAUUAUUAUUCGCAAAACCAUUUAUAAAUAUGUAUUUACGUAUAUUAUAAUAAAUGGUAACAGUAAUAAGUAAGUAAACAGUAAGUUUUUCUUCUGGCUGUUACAUAGUUUUGUGUCAUACAAUUUGACGUGGAAAAAACGUGUAAGGCGCCACCCAUAGAUAUGCGCAAUUUUUGGGAAACAUAUUAUAUGACCACAUUUUUAAUCAUUUACUCGUCUCGUUACAUUAUAAUUUUUUUUGGUUAUUUGAUGAUUUCUCUCCGAAACAACGCAUUUAGACGUAUACGUUAAGUUACUCGAAAAUCUUGAAAAUCGAAUCUUCAAAUACUUGCAUUAUAAUUAGUAUUUGAAAAUUUCACGAAAUAAAAAAUUUGGAAAUAGUUCAGAAAAAAAUCAGUGGAAUAUUUUAAUGUUUUAUUUUUUAAUUUUACUUAACCUACAUUUGUUAUAAGUAAUAUAUUAUUUUCUUUAGUAUUUUAAAUUUAUAAAGGUAUUUACAUUUUUUUAUAUUGACAGAAAACAUACACAAAUGUUUAAAUGAUACAAUAUCAUAUUAUACAGAACAUACACUUAACAAUAAAAUUCUACAUAAUUAAAUUUUUGAGUGAAAAUAAAAUGGGUAUUGGAAUAUUUCCUAUAAUAUAUUGCAUAUGCUAAUAUAUUACCUAUUUUAGUAUAAUACUUUUAUUUCUUUAAAGUUCUAUACAUAUGAUAGGGAUGCAUGUAAUCAAUUUUUAAAUAGGAAUACGGAAUAUAGUUUAGUUAAAUAUAUUUACCUAUUAACUAUAGACUAUAGCCUAUAAGUAAUUAAAUAUUAAUACUUACAUUAUAGAUAAACAGUCAAAAACAAGACCGUAAAAAUAAAAGUUCAAUGUUUUACGUUUUUAUGAAAUAUUUCAGACUUCAAACAUUAAAUUUUUAAUGUAAUAUGCACACUGUAACGAUUUAAUGGUAUAAUGUCGCAAUCGGAAUUCUAUAAUACAUAUUACUUAAUGAGUGAUUUUUUGGAAAAAUAGUUUAUUAAUCAAAACAAUUUAUUAAAAUCAAAGUAUAAUGUCCAAAACGACUUUUAUAAUAGACGCGUGUUAUUAGUGUGUACCGUUGGUUAUAUGUAAUGAAUGUUUUGAAUGAAUUGCGUUUAUUUUAGGAACAAUAGAUUAAGGUGCAUCGGCGGAUGUAAUAAUAAUAUUAUUAACCUAUUGACCUAUAGGUAUUUUUACCUUUAUUGAACUAUAACGACAUAAAAUGACAAUUAUUACGGAUGUAUUUUAAAUUUGGACUUUUUAGAUUUUGACCGUAGUUGAAAACUUAUAUUGGUUUUACUAUGAUGCAUGUGCUUUUUUUUAUUACUAUUUUUUGCCUGUGACAACAACUUAUUUACCAAACAUCUUGCUCCGAUCUUGAACAAAUUGAGCGGUGUUGUUUUCUGGUAUCUAAUUUUUAAACAUUUAUCUUCAUCAUACCGAACAAUUAGUUUACAUCCAGUUCUUGAUGAGCUCUUCGAAAAGGUCCCCUUUAAAAUACUACGUCCCAUUCUUCAAAAUAACCAUAUAAUACUUAAUAAUCGAUUUGGAUUUCGCGAGCACGGUUUUUGUUUCAGUUUAUUUGUCGUUGUUAAUCAGUUAAAAAUAAUUGUAGAGACCGAAAGUGUUUACAGAAUACUAAUUAUUAUUUUCUAGACACGUGGUCAAAUUUUUCAAGAUUUUUAGCAAUUCUUCAGCUAAUUAUAGUCAUUUGAGUGUAAUGUAGUUUUUUUUUUUGAUAUCCAAACGUUUUAAUUUUAAAUUUCGAAAAAAAUAUGUCACGAUAUUUUAAAACAUGUUUAAAAGAACUUCGCUCAGAUCGUUUUUCUUUAGAAAAUAUUUAACGUUGCAUACGGAUAUACAUAAAUUAAAUUACUCUAUGUAUUUUACCUAGUACCUUAGCUCCAUUAGCUCCUUUUUUUUUUUUAUUGAGUUUAUGUCGUAUUUAAAACCGUAUAAUAUUAUAAUAUUCGAAAUAUUUAAUUUAAUCAAACGCAUACGAUUGUUAUAACUUUCUCAGUGAUAACAACUAUAAUAUAGGCAAAGAUAAUAAUAUUAUCAUCAUAACUUGAAUUGUUAGCUAAAUUUAAUUUUGAAAUAUUUAAAUAUAAUAUACAUGUAUAUUAAUAUACGUAGUUAUGUUGAUGGGAUAUCAUUAUUAUCAUAAAGUGAUAGCAUAUAGUUUUAUUACCAAUAUAGUUAUUAUCAGAUUCAAAAAUGCGUACCGAAAUUAGUAUUAAAAUAUACAUUUAUUUCUUUUAGGUUUACUGUAUAGUUGCUCAAAACGUAUAUUUUUUGCGUGCUAUUUAAAAAUAAACCACGUAGUAUCUCAAAUAAACGUCGAAUUUUGCACAGAAUGCAAUUUUUGUCGCCAAAGUUACAAAAAAAAAAAAAAUAAAUAAAUAAAUAACCUACACACGUUCAUACAGACACACUACCUAAUUAUUUUUGACUUGCUGCCCGUUUUAAAUAAUUUCGUACGCACUAAAAAAAUAUUGUCACGUAGAUUUUCUAUUUAUAAAAUAUAGUCAAUUUAAUCGUUUUGUAUAAAUGAUAUUGUAUCAUAAAUUCAUAACAAUUGGUACAUAAAUCGUUGUAUUUUUUUGUUUGUUUUUGAUACUUGUGAAAUCUUAUUAUGAUUAUACUAAAUUUUUCCACUUUUGUUCAUUGUGUUAUUAUAAAUUAUAAAUUUCGCCGUGAAAUUACAACAUUAUGACACUUUGUUGGCUUUCAUCAACUAAACAAUAUAAUUGCCAUAUUAAACAGCUGCGGGUUUAUUGAAUAUUAGUUAAUUGAACAUUAUUUUACUAAUAUCUCGUCAAAUUAAUUAAUGAUUUUGUCUCACGGAAAGUGGUGGUGGUAUAGAUAUAAUUUGUAUAUUUUAAUUACGUAUAUAACAAAAGUUGGUACAAACUAUUUUACAAAUUAAGUUAAUGGAAAAAUAAUAAUUAAUAUUAUACUGUUACUUACGGUUUCCUAAUAAUAUACAAAUACGACACACAAUAGUCACCAUUGAAUGUGGUUUUGCAGAUUCGUACUGAUUUUAAGGAGUUUUGAGUUGACGAAAAUAAUACUAUAUUGUUGUGUAUUAUAAUUAGACUGCGAAAAUUCAUACAGUAUACUAAUAAAAAUACCGAAAUGUGACGAAUUAGUUUUUCUAAAAUUUAAUUUUCUCUCUUAUAAUUGUUAAAAUAUAUCAUUAAACGUGAUAUUUUUUUCGUGCAGUACCUAUAACUGAACAAAUUAACAAAUCACUCAUUAUCAUAAAAAAUUGUUUCCAAUUAUUUUGUAUACUGGAUCAUGAAAAAAAAUGCAAAAUAUAUAAUACAUUUGCAUGAUCCCUUAUUUAAUUGUUUGAUUGGGGUUUGAAACUUAAUUCUUUUAAUUCUUUUUAACUAUUUAGGGGGUUCAGGGGUAUAUCCCCCUGACCAUUGCAAGACUCCUGAGUUCUGAGCCUUAGUUUUUGUCAUGGUAUAUGUGUUUUAUAAAUGAAUUUAAUGAUUAACUAUGUAAUUUAUGAUAUUUUAUUGAUUUUUAUAUUUGUUUGUUGGUGGUCACUUUAGAUAUCUACUUAUGUAUUAUUUUUAUUUUGUUAAAAUAUAUUGAGUAAUCAUUUUUAAUAAUUUUUUUCAUUAUACUUUUCGAAAGCUUCAUUGAAUGUUUAGGUCUUAGGGUUUGUAAUGUUCUAAUCCGGGCUUGGGCUUUACCCGUGUCUGUCAUAAUUUCUUUCGUGUACUUCCGCUCUCGAUGUUCCAUAUCUGAUAUAUGACCUUCUAUGAUUUAAUUCAUAAAGCAAUCGUGACGCAGUAUAUACCCUAUAAUUUUGUCUCUUCUGACUUUAAUAGUAUGUUAAAGUUCUUGUUUAUUUUUAUGCUGUUUGAUGAUAAAAAUAAUUCCAUAACACGAGAGAAAUAAUAUUCGUUUAUAUAUUAUCAAGAAAAAAUCGUAUAAGAUUUAAAAUUAUGUAGCGUACAAACCUAUAAAUUAUGUAAAUCUAAGUCCCCCGAAAAAUCAAUACAAAUGAGAUACUUAUAUAAAAUUCAGUUUUAUAAAUUUGUAUUUCUUAUUAGACUAUGUACUCGUGCAUGUUCAUAUGUAAUAUCUGUACAGCUAUAUAUUAUAAUAUUAACUAUUCGCUGAAAAACAAACUUAUCUGCUCAUGCGUGAAAUUUCUGACUGUUAUACGAAUGAAUUUUAUUUGCAUACUAAUGAUUUGCUCGUUUUUUCUGGCUCGUGUACGGUUUUCCAUUACUUGUUUAUUUUCAGGGUUUAUAAGUAUUAAGUAUAAAGGGUCCUGACCAUAACAAUAUAUAUUAUUAACACGAAUGUUAAAUACAGUUCAAUUCAAUAAAAUUUAGUACAGUUCAUAUAUUAGAAAAUACGUAAUUAAUUAACAAUUUAGUAUUUAUGUUAUACUUAAUUUUUAACAUCGUUAAUGGUAUGAAUGCAAAAGAGAAAUAAACGAUUUAAAGGCUUCGAUAAAGGAAAUAUAUUUCCCACUGCAAGUUUUUGGUGGAAGUAAAUUUUAAAAUAUCAUCGUAUUCUAGAAAAAAAAUUAAAAAAUUUCUUAAGAUAUGAAUUGUUUUUUUUUCUUUUUUGGUCUUUGAUUUCUGCAGUUAGAAACCAUCGUCAGAGUAGAAAUUCUUAAAACUGUUAAUCGUGAAUAUAUUAUAUAUUUAUCUCGGAAUCUUUUAAAUUAUAAAAUAUAUGAUACUAUUAUUAUUAUAGUUUAUUGAAUCACUUUUAAUUUCUAAUUAACACGCAUAACUUAGCUCACUGAUAUUUAAACGAUCUUGUUAUUGGAUAUAAGUGUUAUAAGUAUAUAUAACAUGUAUGUAACUGUAUUAUAUGUACAUUAUCUAAAGGUUAUUAAUGUCAUAAUAUACGUAUACAAAUAAAAAAAUCAAUAAUUAUUCUUUAGUCUGAUUUUUUUUUUUUUGUUUUUUUUUGUUUAAGCAUUAUAUAUUGACGUAUUUUAUUUGUGUACAAUCAUGGAAAUAUUCAUUAAAACGUUAAGUUCAGAAAUGUAUUUACAUUUUUAAAACUAUAUUAUACCCUAUACACCAGAUAUGAUGUAGGUAUAAAUUCUAGAUACGUGUAGAUACAAUCUUUAAUUAACAAUUAAACACAACGUAUUAUACUACAGUUUCAAAUAUACGUCAUUUUACGUUUUAAUUUCUGAUGUUCAUAAAAGAAAUAGGUAGGUAAUUAACUUAUUGUACAAUAACGUCGAAGUAAUUAUUAUUAUUAUUAUUUUUUUAAAAGCGUUUCAAAACAUUAAUAAGUCUAUGUAUACCUAUUGCAAUAUACGAAAUUAACAGAGAUUAUGCUAUGUCAUAUAAUGACAAUAAAUUCAUUAAGUUAACAAAAAUUAUGUGUAUUUAAUACAUAGGUCGUAGGUACUGAAAUGCACAAUACUGAGUAUGCAAUAUUCAAAGCGGUUUGUUCCUAUAAUUAAUUGUAAAAACAAAUGUAUUUAUUAAAUAGGUAAAUAUUUUCUUUUAAAUAAUACAAAUUCUUCUAAUAUUAUACUUCAAUAUCUAAUGUGUUUAUCCUGAAUCCCAACAUCCAUCGACAGCGCCGAUUAUGAAUUGAUUAUUAUUAUUAUUAUUAUUACGAGACUAUAAGGAUUCUCAAACAAUACUAUAGGUAGGUGGAAAUAUGCGGAAACGAAAAUCGAACCUUUUUCAUUUUGGGUAGAAACGACAGUCGAAUCGGUUACUUAUGAAAGGGACAAGUCACACGUUUGAAAAAAAUGAUUGUUUUUUGAUAAAUGUAUGUUCCAUUGUUGUAUAAUAUAGGCGGAUAGUUUAUUUCCGAAAAGAGUCGAGUUUAUUAUAUGACUAAUAUGUUAGGUAGCUUAUCUAAUACGACUAUAAUUCAAAUAUUUAGAUUGUAUACGAAACGUGCAGUUAAGUAGUGGAUUGAACCCGUAAAAACUUAUGAGAGUUGAAUUUUUUUAACUAUUCCUUUUUAUAAAAUAAUCGAUUCAGUUGCAGGCGGACACGAAAAUCGAGUUUUUCCGGCGGAAUGGACGAACGGACGUCCGAAAAGAGACGUAGCUAGAAAUUUUUUUUUGGGUAGGCCAGAUCAAAUAAUAUAAAUGUUUCAAUAGGAAAGACAACUAACACAAAUUUAUGAUUUUAAAAUUUUGUUAAUUUUCGGACAAAAGUGGGUAGUUUCGGGCCUACCAGGCCUACCCGAUGGCUACGCCACUGCGUUCGAAUAGAUAAUAAUAUCGCGUCCAUCCUCGCUGAACAGGAAGUCUUAUUGCUUCUUCUCUACACGUAUAAUGGCUAGGGACGGACCGAUAUAACUUUUUACCGAUAAUCUAAUGUUCCGCAAUAAUAUGUUACUGACCAGAAACUGAUAGCCUAUGUUUGAAAUCGAACACCACGAAUUAAUAUUGAAAUUACCCGAUCCAUCGAUUUUUUUUUUAACGCUUCCGUAUUCCAGAGACCGCAUUAUAGACAUUUUUCUCCAAAAAGACCGGGUUCGAACAAAGCCCCGGUAAAACCUAUCUACCGAUGGUAUCGAAUAUCGGUUUGUGUAUUUACCGACACACCCCGAACGAAUGAUAAUAUCGCGCCCAUUCAAGUAUAGAGGCUCGUAUCGCCUCUUCCCUUCGUGUACAAUAACCCGGCUUUUCACGACUUUAGGGUGUGGUUAGACUACUACACCCGCCAUCGGACGAAAACAUCGGGAGAAAAGUGAAAAUUAUGAAAUUAAAUUUUAUCGGUCAUAUUAUACACCAGGAUAAAUUAUACUGUCAGAGUCGUAGAUGAAAACAAAAUAUUUUGUAUUUUUCCUACCGAAUCAAUCGAAUAGUUAUUUAAUUUAAUUUAUCUACAAACGUACUCCAUAAAUUAUUCCAAAGUUUUUUUAUUUAUUUUAAUUUCGGGAGUAAAUAACGUUUACGAGUUGAUCCAGAAGUUUUCGGAUAAGUUUUAAAGUUCUUCAAAUUGUUUUCGUUCCGCAAACAUAUAACCAGCCCAAAAUCAUUUUAUUAUUGUUAUUAUUAUUUUUUUUUUCAGGUAAAAAAUACUUAAUAACUAAUAAAAUAUGUAAUUAAGUUGAUUUCUAAAUAAUAAAUUUCAUCAGUUAUGUCUACAUACAUUAUACGUCAUAACUCAUAAUAUUAGUGGCCGAGUAUCGAAUUGCAACCAGGCAAUGAAAAUACAUAACGUUUGUCUGCUGAAUAAUUUUGGCAAAUUCAACCGAAAUCCCGUUGUGGUUUGAUCAUUUUCGUUAACUGAAUUUGAUUUACCGUUAAUCCGGUAGAUGUCCGAGAAAAUAUUAAGUUCGACCGAUGUCGGGUUUAGUCCGAGACCAUUGAGGGGAUUUAAAACCAAUAUUUAAUUAUUUUUUUUGUCAAACAUAAUAAACGUAAUUCAGACGCAAUUAUUAUUGUUUGCCCGAUCGACGAAGUGAAGCAAAACAGUUUUGAAAACGAACGUUUAUAAUAUGUUAUAAUAAACUGGAAUUCGCGAGUUUGCCAUACGCAGAGAGACUUAUUUACAUUUUUAACGUUAUUUUGAGAGAACAUUUUAGAUUCUGAGUGGAACAAAAAAGCUUAUAGUUUUACAAAGAUGUUUAUUUUUUAUCAUGUUUUUUUUAUUUUUUCCACCAGAAAUCUUGCUCCUAUUUUUAAGUGUAGCGUUUUUUCUAAAAAGAAAUCGAUGUGGGGAGGUAUUUUAUAGAGGUUAUUUUUCGAUUUUCUCAGUAGUUUUGUCAUCAGACGUGGAAAACUGAAAAAACGGCAAAAUGUACAAAAUAUAUUACGAUUUUUUUUUAUCUGUGAACAACUUUUCUACUAGUAAUUUUGAUCCAAUUUAUAAUGAUAUCAAUUUUUCUAAAGGAAAAUCCGACUGGGGAGGACUUUAGAGGGAUCAUUUUUGAUUUUCUUACUAGUUUUUCCGAUAAAUGGGGAAAACCGUAGGAAAAACGUAAAAAAUCGGUACAAUAUUGAACAAAUAUUUUUAAAGAAAAUAAAUAUCGCUUAUGUAAUUAUUUUACCAUAAUUAUAAUGACAUGUUAUAUCAUAUCGUAGACAAAGUAACUACAUUAUCAACUGAACUCCGCUCAGAAUCGUUUUUCCGUUAACAAUGGUUAAUCGUUGCUAACAGUUACACAUUAAAUUACCUAUUACAGUGCGGGGGAUGGACGGGGUCGACGUUUAAAAAACAAAAAAUCGCUGUUUUAUCGCGUCUUCCGAGAUUACGGCGCCCGUGGCGAAUCCUCCUCUCGUCCCCCCACCCAUUGGACCACUCCGGACGCGUCGCCGGCCGCGCGCCAGUGACCUUCCCGGGGGAAACGCGUAAAUCGGCUUACUGGGUCAACGCAUCGGCGGCGGCGGCGGCGGCGGCAGCGGCCUCGUUUCCCGCUGGAAGACAGGCGCGCGCGAACGAAGGGCCGCGCCGAUGAACCGCGUCGCGCCGCACUGCGCUACUAUCCCUCGGCUUUUGCCGCUAUUUAUAAACGGGCCGCCGUCGGGCGCAGCGCCGCGUCACCGCCGCGAUACAAUAGGCGAACGAAAUAAUAAUAAUAAUAAUAAUAAUGAUAACGAUAAUAACUAUAAUGAUAAUAUUAAUACGCGCGCCGCCGACGCGACCGAUUAUAUUAUUAUUGAGCGCCGUCGCCAGUCUCGGUCGUUUCGUUUAUUUCUCUCCGCGGACGGGUCUGGCGUGUCGGCGCUUUUCGUGCCUAUUUAAACCGUUAAUUUUUCCACACGCGCGUGCCGCCACGCCGCGACGACUGCGACGGCGACUCGCUAACGAUUUCGCACGACCUCUCGCGCCUCUCUUAUUUUUUUUUUCCUUUAUUUUAUUUUUCUUCUAUUCCGUGACCCGCGCGAGUAUACGUGCGUUACGUUAACGCGCGGUAAAAAAUAAUAAUAAUAAUAAUAAUAAUAAUAAAGUCGUAUCGCAGUGCGUUUUAUAGGUUUUUUUUUUUUUUUUUUAUCGUUUGUUUUGUUAUUUUUCCCCGCGUUCGUUUCGCCGCGAUAUCCGUCCGCCGCGUUCGUCUGGCCCCCGCGGGGUCGCGGUUCGCGCGCGGUAAACAUAUUCGUUCGCAGACCGUAGAAAAGCACCUCGCGGGACGGACGAUGUCUUCGUCUCCGCUGCCGUCGUCGUCGUACGUGUGCCGUUAUUGACCGCGUCCGGAUUUGAACGUUGUAUCCGGAGUAAACUCGUGUUUUUUUUUAUUAUUUCAUUUUUUUUAAAUUUUUUUUUUUUUUUUUUUCCCCCGCGUUUGAUAUUGGACACGAUAAUUUCGUCGCGAUUUCGUUCCGCCGCGUUUCAAUUGAAAUAUAAUAACAUUGUAGCCAUGUUGUCCCGGAGGUUGUCGCUUUUCGAGCGACAAGAGUUCAUUAUGAUCGGUGAGUUUGCCAGAAAAAAAAAAUAAUAAUAAUAAAACAAAACCAACGAAGAAAAAAACUGAAUUGAAUAAAAACCGUAUUAAUGGUACAGUUUUCUUUUUGUUGACCUUGAGCAAACUUUCGUCGUUUUUCGUAUUAUUAUUUUUUUAAUACGAUGUAUUUCGGUUUUUUUUUUAACCUAUAAUAACAUCACCGACGCCGUGUCCUCUGUAUGUACAAGCGAAACGCGGUUUGACGGAAGGAGGGGGGUAGAAAUAACCUCUCUAUCAAAUCAUUAUAUAAUAUACGUUCGACGAGUUUGAUCGAUUUCACGUUUUACCGCAUUUUUGUUUUAAUAUUAUUAAAAAGCCCCGACCCGUUCGUCGUCGUGUUAUGGCAUUUCGAAAUGGAAUUUUCCCCGUUCGAAACGUGUUAUUAUUACCGUCAUCCGCCAAUUCCCAAUGGCGCGACUCGUUGCGACACCUUUUUGUCGAUCGAUCUAUUAAUAUUGAAACAAUAAUGAUAUUGUUUUGUUAUUUUUUUACGGUCGCACAAGAAUCAUUACGUAUAUAUAUAUAUAUAUAUACACAUUAUAUUCUCCCUCCCCGUUUAGCUUUUGUUUUAAUUCCGUUCUGUUCAAUUCGAGAUGUUAAGACACGCGUAUGAUGACGGCAAUAUUACAAUUGCGUAUACGUGUAGUACACACAUCGAACCAUGAAAAUACUGCAUGUUCUUUUGACGGCGUUUAAACCAUCUGGCAAUACGCCUAUUUUGCCCAUGUCUACGCUAUUCACAAUAAUACACAUUUUUCUUUUCGUAUAAUAAAAUUCGUUUAAACGAGAGCUGAAAACAUAAUGAACAUUUUUUUUUUUUUUUUUUUAAUCGAAAUCCUAUAGCUAAUCCCGAAAAUGUGUUAUUGCGUACUGGAUGAUAUAAUAGUGUGUAGAAGGACUGGCGUACAGCCCUCAUUGGUCGUGUUUUUAAAAAUAAAGCGAAUAUUCAGCGUUAAAACUCAUUAUUAUGCUAAAAAAAAUUAUAAUCGUUGUACAAUAAUGAUGGUUUUUGGAAAAUUAUCUCUAGGACAAGGUUUUAUAUAAGUACAUGUAUAAUAGAUGUAUUUAUAGAAUUUUAUCGUGGAGGGAGUGUAUUGAAUUUUGUCGUAUUGUACAACGUUUACUCAGGCUAAAAACAAAUAAAACAAAACACGAUCACAUUUUACAUAUUUGUGUAAGUAAUUAAUAAUCAAAUCCGUCCGAAAAAUAAUUACCAAUGAGACUAACUAUAGCUAAAGAACUAUCGCAUAUAGUAGCUGUUAAAAGUUAGUAGAUAUUUUAUAUUAAGGUAGCCACUAAUCUAUAAUACAAUCUGAUUAAAAGUUAAAGACAUUGAACUUGAGAAUAUAUACGUAUUAAAACAAAUUUCAACGAGGAGCAAUAUCUCCCUAAUCUGCCUUUAAACUCUCCCUUUCGUUGAAAAUUCCGCUGAUGUAUAUGAGUAAAAUAUUAACGUAGAAGAAUGCAAACAGGAUUAGUAUAUAAUAUUAGCAGAUGGCCUACGCGAUGCAUUAUCGAUGUUUAAUGGAUCGUGGAAUAUCGAAUUGACCACAAUAAUAUAUUGUAACGCCAUCGUCAUAGACCGAACGACAAUACGACAAGCGAACUAUAUAAUAUAGUUUGUAUAACAUACACGAAAACAUAUUUUAACGAGAUUUAUUCUACCCUUUUACCUAGGGACGGAAAAAUGAACCUAUUCCCAUCGUCUUGCUUGCGGGAUGACACGAGAAUAAUAUUUUGUUGAGCAUUUGAACCCGGUCGCUAAACUGUAUUACCAACAGCCAAAUGACUUUCGGUUUAAAUUUUUCGCGCGGUUCAUAAAAGACACGUUCGCAACAUAUAAUGCAAUAGUAUAUAUUUGGAUGAUUUAUUUUUUUAAAGUUUCAUUAUCCGGGUCUUUUAUUUCUUUACAAUUAUUUUAUCUUUAUCCGACGAUAUCUUUAUUAUACGUCGUACGUCGUAUAGAAUCUCGAGUUUCUCGGCCCGUACAUUUAAAAGUAUUUAUUCAAUUAACUUUCCAUUAACAAAUAUUUGCAAAUUAUUAUAUUAUUUUUAUAUACAGUACAAAACGUAUUGUUUCGACGCGCUUUCGAUGAACAAAAUGAAAAGAUACGUUGUCGUGUAUCGCAUAGUAUUCUUAGAAAAAUUAAUUUAAAAAAAAAAAAAAAGCCUAUUAUUUUAACUGUUUUUUUCUGCACUAUUAAUUUUGUUAUUCUUGCUCGACACAGUUAGGCGUAAACAUGACGCAUGGUAUUGUAUCAGGACACACCUAUACCUACUAUAAUAAAUUUGGUUAUGCUUUUUGUAAUUUUUCGAGAAAACGAAUCUCGGCAUAUUAUUAUUAUUUCGCACCAUGAAAAUAUCUCUGAAUCCACAUAUAGACGAGUUUUUAUUUUUGCCAAUUUAUGUGGUAGAUAACUCAAUGUUCAAAAGUUUCGUAAAGCAAAUUGUGUGUGUGUGUGUGUGCGUGUGUGCGCGCGCGCGUGUGUUUUAAUAGUAAAAUGUAUAAUUAUUAAAAUUUUAAUUUGUAAUUUUAGCUAUUCAAUUUUGAAAUCUUCAGAACGUCAGAUUGCUCGUUCUUUAUUCAUUCUGCUCGUCAAAUUUCACGUAUUACAAUUAUAUAUAUACUAUUAAAUUUGGCUCGUUUUUUUUUCGACUGCAGUAGUACGAAUUUAUCUUUAGACGUUUUAAAAUAUAUUUUUUGCCAAGACGAACGUGACAAAUUGCUGCAAUUCAUUUUUUUUUUCAUCUGUCUCCGGUACUUUUUCUAAUUGAAGAUAUUUUUAAAAAUUAUUGAACCGUUUACAAUUGAAAACAAAUAAUUUCACCGGAUUUGUACAUUUUUCAAUAAUUAUUAUUAAACCUUUAGGUUUACCUAACAUAUUUAUCUGUGUACGAACAUUUUUACGUAGAUAAUUUUAUUUGAGUGCGACAACUCAUCAUACACGUAAAUAUACACUGCGUAUCCACUCCCCCUCUCUUUAAAAAUCCCCACGAGUAGACAGUCCAAACAUUCCCCUAUCGUUUGGAUUUUUCUCAUUUACUCCUUUCCGUCACUAGCAAGAAUAUUUCCUAUGUAAAAUAUAAUAUUUUGUUACAAAAUCUACUAAUUCAAUCAUUUACCAUUCUAGUGAACAAUAACUAAAAUCCGGGGCAAAAUUUUAUUCUAAAAAAAAAAAUCCAAAAUGAACUUUUAUAAUUACGAUAUUGAAUAGAGUUAAAAAGAAUUAAUUGCAUUUUCAGUGAUAAUACUAGUUAUACUAGUUAAUCGUUAAUUAAUUUUCUACUUAUUAUAUCUUUAUGUCUAUACUACACAGAUUAUUCUGUGGUUAUACUGUUUGUAUAAGGUCUGUGAGCUAUAAUAUGGCAGUAAGCAUAUUUUGUUGUUGGUUACGUGAACUGCUAUUAUUAUUAACGUAAUCUAAAGUAGGUUUAUCGACAUGAUAUAGUGUAUAUUAACAGCGGUGUUUCCGUGUAUUUUUUUUUUAAGAUUAUAUCAUAAGCAUCAGGUUUUAAAAUUUCAUUGGUGGGGUUCACUAUUUUAGAUACCCGCGUACCGUUUUACCCGACUUUUGCCGUAUAUUUCUUAUAGCCCAGGUUUGUCAAUCUCAUGGGGGGGCUACAACUUCCGGGUCCCUCUCUACAUGGCGCUAUUGGUACAUACUAUAAUAUCUAUGUCAUGUGUCUUACAUGCGAUAUUUUAUUUCUUAUGGUUUACGGGUAGGUGCCUAAAUUGUUUACAUAAGGAAAUAGAUAUCAAGUAUACGAAAAUUAAAUUUUAAUUAUCAAAAUAAAACAUAUAAAAUUUAAAAAAAAAUAUUGUUAAACGUAAGAAUAUUGUACAUUUUGUAAUUAUAAUUAUACUUGAUGCUAAAUUAAAUUUCAAUUUAUAUUACUAUUAUGGUUUUUAAUUGCAUAUGUGAUAUGAACGGGCAACGAUAAUAAUAUAUCGUAACAAUUUUGUUUGAAAAACUAUUUGAGAGUUUACGCUUCAGUAUACAUGUAAUUACUCAACAAAACGUUAAGUGUAUACGGCGUGUAUGUAGUAUAGUGUAUGUCCUAUUGUAACGCCACUGUAAAUUAGUAGUAAUAUUAUUACACGUGUUUUUUUCGAUAAUAUUAAUGAAUUUGAUACAAGAAUACGGGAUCGCUUUGGUUAUCUUUAUGAAAGUUUUACCGAAACAAUAGAAACAGUAACUCCUAGUUAGAAAAAUUAUGAAUUGUAUUCCUUAAUUAUAACGAAAAUGCUAUAAUAUAUGAGUCAUUUUACGUACAUUACGUGUUAUUAAUUUAUUGGUUUAUCGUCUGUAAUUGCCUAAAUUAACCUUAAAAUGAACGUAAUUUGCGUUUAUAUGGUUGCCGAUAUUAAGCCUAUUAUAAUAUAUACGGGAUUUUUCUGAUUCGAUGUAUUAGGUAUACUAUUGUCGAACUCUAAUAAAUCCGGUUAAUAAUAUUUGUGUUGUUUUAAUAACGCUGCAAAAGUAUGUUAUAUUAUAUUCACGAUAUCUAUACAGAUAUAAUAGUAAAUUUAUUAUACGUUUUUAAUGUUUCGGAUUGGUUAUGUUUCUUUUGUUAGGUUAGAUUAUUAUAAAUAUAUUGUAUCAUAUGGAUUAACUGUAAGAGAUUGAAAGACAACUGAAAAACAAUACAAAUAUUUGGAAAUCCAUAAUCCUAUUGUAGGCGGUAUUUUAAAGAAGUUAUUGAGACUAUAUAAUAUCGCAUAAUAUUAAAUAUAAGCAAGACAAAUAAUAAACUAUACGAAUUUAAAUUAAAGUUCUGAGUUCAGAAAUAAUAAUUUAUCGUUAUCGAUUUCUCACCAGUAAAAUUUUAUAUAAAAUAUGAUGCUAAUUUAAAUAGUAUUUUUCCAGGCGAACGUCUCAACUAUGUUAACACGCCACAUGUCAUCGCUAUGGUCGGGCUUCCAGCUCGAGGGAAAACUUACAUUUCGAAAAAACUUUCCCGUUACCUAAACUGGAUCGGUAUCAACACCAAAGGUCGGUAUUAAUCCGGAAAUUGUAAAUAAUAAUAUAAUACUUGCUUGUGUAGACUUUUGUAGAUAGUAGAAAUCCGGAUCGGCCAAAGUCCGAGUGUCCGAAAUUCGAAAUUUAUUGUAAAUCCGGGUUCGGAUUUUAAUAUUUCUUUUAUGGAUUUGUUUAAUAAUAUAAAAUCGCCCCAAUUCAUGUAUUUUUUUUUAUGUGUAUAAAUCAAAUACAUAUAUAAUAUUUAUAUAUGUACAAUAUUUAAAAACUAAGCAUAAUUUUAAAUUGAUUCAGUUAAAUAAAAAUAAAAAAAUAAAUAAACUAUUUGUUUAAACGUCUAAAAAGAAAAAAAUUGAUUUGCUUAUUUAAAAAGUAGAUAGUAAUUUCGAAAUCCGAAAUCCGGUUUUUGUUGUCUGAAAUAGUAUCGUCAGUAACUAAUCUAAUGUAAUCUUGUUUUUUUUCUUUUUAAGGUGUAACGGCUUUCUUUAAGACCAGCCCUCCAAGCAAAUACUCCUUCAUCCAUUUCUGUAUUCCAAUGUCACUCUUCAUUUUACUCCAGGUUCCACAGUUCCUAAAAACUUAACAGACACGUAGCCAUGGAGGUUCUAUGGAGUUUUGAUCUCUUCCCCAAAUUUUUUUAGGUUUUUCACCAAAAAAUUAGACUGUACUUUGAUUUUCUACCCAUUAGGUUAAAAAUUUCGCCUCUCAGGCAAUUAUAUUGGUAGUUAGCGAUAAAUUUUGUGUUUGGACACUUUCUCUCCCCAAAUAAAAAAAAAUCCUGACUACGUGCCUGAAACCUAAAAGCACAUUCCCCUCAUUUUUUGAGUAAUCUAAUAAUAUAAUAUCGGUACGAUGGUGUUGCAGUUUUCAAUCUCGGAGAAUACCGGCGCCACGCGACCUCGGCAUACAAGUGUCACGAGUUUUUCCGUCCCGACAACAAAGAAGCGAUGGCUAUCCGAACGCAGUGCGCCAUGGACGCACUCGACGAUGUUUGUUCAUGGCUGGACAACGGAGGGGAAGUGGCCGUCAGUAUAUUAGAAUAUUUUAAUAUGUGUUUUCGGUUUUCGGUUUAAAUGUAUAAUAACGGCGCCGCUACGGUGUACCGAUUUUUCAGGUGUUUGACGCCACCAACUCGACGAUCGAACGCCGGCAAUUGAUAUUGAACAUCGUCGUGAAAAAACGUGGGUUCAAAUUGUUUUUCGUCGAAUCGGUGUGCGAUGAUCCGAAAAUCGUCGAACAGAACAUAAUGGUAUACUACUCAUCAAACUAUCUCUACGUAUAACAAUAUAAAUAUUACGUUCAAUCGUAAAUUCGUAUUUUUUCGAUUUCGUCGUUUGUCGCCGUUCGUUUAUAAUACCUAAUAUCCGUAAUCUGUAGGAAGUGAAAAUCAACAGUCCGGACUAUCACAGCAUGGGCGCGGACGUGGCUCUUCGGGACUUUUUGCAGCGGAUAGAGCACUACCAGGAACGGUACGAACCGCUGGACGAAAACACCGAGUCCGGGUUGAGCUACAUGAAGAUCUACAACACUGGCGAAAAAGUGUUGGUGCACAAGCACGAGGGUCACAUACAGGCACGUAUCGUCUACUAUCUGAUGAACAUUCACAUCAUUCCAAGAACGAUUUAUCUUACGAGAGUGAGUACCUGAUAUUUUCUUACUUACGUACGAAAAAUUACUACUCCCGUUGUACACUAUUAACGUUUUAACUUUGUCGGCUAUGAUUAUUAUUAUAUAGCACGGGGAGAGCGAAUGGAACAGGGAAGGUAAAAUCGGCGGUGAUUCACAGCUGUCUAGCAACGGCAUUAAGUACGCCAUUGCCUUGGCCAAUUACAUAAACGACCAGAGCAUUCAGAACCUCCGGGUGUGGACUUCAUGGCACCACCGGACUAUACAGACGGCGAGCGGUGUCCGGGCUCCGCAAGAAAGGUGGAAGUCGUUGAAUGAAAUUGAUGCUGUAAGAGUUAAAAAAUUAUAAAAUCCCAUAUGGAAAGGUUCCCCAAUUCUCAAAAAUAGUGGCUCAAGCAAUGUUCGAAAUAAAGAACCCAACGGUUAUUGUUAUUUUGUUUUCCUAGGGAGUUUGCGAUGGUAAAACAUACGCCGUGAUCAAGCGCGAUUAUCCGGAACAGUUUGAAUCCCGCGAUAAGGACAAGUUCUCUUAUCGUUAUCCAAGAGGAGAGUCUUAUGAAGACCUGGUAGCUCGACUAGAACCGGUCAUAAUGGAGUUAGAAAGACAGACAAAUGUUCUAGUGGUUAGCCAUCAAGCGGUUCUUCGGUGCUUAUUAGCAUAUUUCUUAGAUAAAAAUGCAGGUGUGUAGUUGUAAAAUUUUAGGUGAUAAAUAGUAGUGGUAAUGCAUAUUAAAUUUAAUGAUUUGAUUUAUUUUGAUUUUUUGUAGAAGAGUUACCGUACUUAGAAGUGCCGUUGCACACACUAAUCAAACUCACACCUGUCGCAUACGGCUGUAAAAUGGAGCAAAUUAACUUCCCUAUCGAGGCCGUCAACACUCAUCGUCCAAAGCCUCAGGUUAGUUGUGUAAACGUAACUGCACAGUAAGAACUUAUAGUAUGACAUGAUGAUCUGAGUGUUAUUUUCAAUCCCAAUACUAAAAUAUGUUUAUUUGAGAUUAAUGUUCUUAUGUUCACGUGUAAUUAAUCAACUAAAGAUUAAUUCAUACCUAUUAUAACAAAAAAAGAUUUACCGGUAUCACGGGAAAAAUUGCACUUUUUAUGAAAAAUAUAAUUUUUUUCUAUUUUUUUAAAUAUUGUUUUCAUUGAAAUCAUUGAUUUAACAAUUAGUUAAUGUACAUAUUAUUAUUUUGUUAAAUUGCCAGUAAUAUUGUGUUUGGAUUCAGUAAUAACUAUUCAAAUUUUUCAUAGUUUUUAUUCCAUACCAGUACAUUAAUAAAACUAAUCAUAUUCAUUAAAUACAUCUUUAACCUAUAACAUCUGCAAUGUGAUUUAUGCAUAGUUUUUUUCCUAUAUGCAUCAAAAUCCAUAGAAAAAAGUUCCUCUGGUAGGAAAAACCAGUUGGUUAGCUUAUGUAUUUAACUGUUAUUAAAAUUAUUAAAUACAGUAAAAUGUAUUUUAUUUUGUAGUUACACACAUUUCCAUACACAAUUAGUCAUUAUACAAUAGUUAAAUUAUUGUAUCUGCAAUAUUAUGUUUGGGUGCACUGCACUGCCAAAACGAACAAUUCAAAUAAACCAUUUGUUUCAAGAACAACAUUUGAUAUUAAACAGUCGAUAUUAGAUAUGGUUUGCUUGUUUGGAAAAAAAUGUAGUUUUUUAAUAAUGUUAUUUUCAAUGGGAAAGUUAUUUUGUUAAAAACUUGUUACAUUUAAAUUAUGAUUAUCGUUUGAGUGGUUAGAUAAUUUAAAUCCAUUGUGUUAUUCACAAAGUCAUUGUAUGACUUUUUCUAUUAAAAUUGCCCAAGUUUCAAUAACAUUUUAGAAUUCACAUUUCAAAUUUUCCUAAAAUAAGUGUUUAUAAUGAAGGAAAAAUUUGUAUGUAAACAAAAUAAAUUAUUUUUUAAAAAUGUAUUAUAAUAGUUUGAAAUCAUUGUAGUAAUACCAAAAUUGUCAUAAAUAUUUUCAUAAUCAAUAAAAUGGUUGACAAUUAUAUUUGAUUUUAGAAAAAAAUUUACUAUUGAAAUUUUUAAUUUGUUUAAUUUUUACAAUCAUGUAUAAGCACAAACAAAUAUGUAACUAGGUUGGGGAAUGUUUACAAAUUUUUUAUUCGAAAGAUGUUAUGUAAGGAAAUCCUUUCCAACUAAAAUAUUUAUUGUUAAGAAUGCUCAAACUUCUAUACAAAUGAACAAUAUAUAUUUUAUUAUUUUAUUUCAAUUUAUAAUUAUUGUUAUUGUUGUUGCAUGAAAUAUUAUUAUACUCGUUUCGGUAUAGUUCAAAUGUUGUAAAAUAUUCAACAAAAUGUUUUUAUAUUUUUAACAAUUUUUUUCUAGAAUUUGCUUAAAAAUCAUUCACUCAGAAUAUGUAUUUCUAAAGUAAGUCUAUAUUAUUUGAUUUUACACAUAUUUGCUUGAUAUGAAAAAACAAAGGGUCGGUAAUAAAUAUAGUUAUUAUUAACACAAUACGUUCUAUUUUUGAAGUGUUAUGUAGAUAAAACAAACCACAACUAAUAGUUGGCUUGAUAUCAUAUAUUUAUGUUUAUAUUAUUGUAACAUUGCUGUUUUGGAGUAAUUAAUAAAUAAUGAAUAAUAUGUAUAUAUUUUUACUGUUUUUUGAUUACAAAAUUUCGCUAAUAUAAACUCAUAUACUUGUGGUUACUCCUUGCAAUGGUGUUUGAGCUUCUCAACUGUAAUUAUUAACACAAUUAUUAUUAUUUAUUUUCAAAAAAUAAUCUUUUAUUACAUGUUUUGUAUAAUUUCUCAGCAUAUUUGUUUUAUCGCAUGUCUAUAAUAUUAUUGUACUAACUUCGUUAAAAUUAUUUUUUUUCUAUUUUAAAUUUAUUAUUAAUUUCCUUAUAUAGAAUGUAAUUUUUACAAUGCUCUGUGAAUUAUAGUAUUUACUAUUUAUCCAAGGAUUCUGUAACAAUACUAUAGAAGGUUUUUAUGAUUUAACAAUUAUAUACACUAUUAUAGAGGUGUUAAAAAUUCUGUUUGUUUUUUUGAUAGAUUAUAACAUAGGUGUUAAUUGUCCACACCGCAAGUCUGCCUACUCUGUUCAAUAUUUUUUUUUUUAUUUACAUGGUUAGUUUUCAUUAUAUACUGUUUAAGUUUUCAUCCUUAUCUUUCACUGGGAACAAAUAAUUAUUGAUCAUUUUUAUAUUUCCGUAUUACCUAUUUUAUUUAAACAUUUUUAUAAUUUCUCCUAGUUCGUGAUAAACACAAAUUCAUAAUAAUAAUUUUGUUAGGUCUGUCUGUAAGACGUAUAAAAUAAUAAUGUCAGUUCAUAUAUCACGUGUAUACUUUAAAAUCGUUGUUUUGAUAUUAUUCAAACACAAUUUACAUAAUUUAAAAACUGGGUUACGCGUCUACUUGUAUAAAAUUGUUAGAAUUUUGCAUCUCGUGUUUGGUAGUCAUAAUAGUAUUUAUACAACACUUUUCGUUGGAAAAACUACUUGAAUAUCCGAUAUGUCUUGUGUAUUUAAAUUUUACGAAUUACCUUAGACAUUAUUCGUUUCAUUUUUCCCUCCGAUUUUGCCAAACUUUUUGACGCCAUAAACCCAUUUGCGUACACUCGUCCGUUGUGUGCGUCAUGUGGUGUAGUAAACCAACAAACCGUGUCAUGUUAUUAGGUAUAAUUAUAAUAUUGUCAUUGUGCUCAUCAAAAAAAAACCAUUCUGAUUACCGUGUUUGUAUAUAUUUCGUACGGAGUUUGAUAAUGCGUUAUGAUAUUAUAGGGAAGAUGUUUAGUUAAAAUAUGCGAAUGGUAUUUUUAUUGUAAUACUCUCUCGGUCGUCGUUAAAAUAACGAAUGACCUUCAGAAUAUCGGGAAAGUGUGUACUGGAGAGUGAAAAAAAAACUUACUCGUGCGUUAAGUUAUAUUUACUGAAAUCGGAAAGCUUUUUUUUUAAUAUAAUUAUAAUGCUUGCUAUCUAAUUAAAAUAUUUUACUGAAAAAUAAAAUGGUACUUUCGAGUAAUUAUUUUCCUUUUUAUACUUUUAUUCUCGUAUAUGUUUGUCGACACGAUAUUUUAAUAUAGGUGUAUAAUUAUACAAUAGUAUUAUACUUGGCAAUUUUAUUAACAAAAAUAAAAAAAAUUUCGUCCUGGUAUCACGAGUUCUGCAAUUUUACCAUUUAUACUAUCCAGGGUGUCAGUGUCUUACAUAACGUAUGAUACUCAUUAUCUCCGAAAAUAUAAACUUUUUUUGGAAUUUGUUUUUAUAGAAAAUUUAAGAAACAUUAUAUAGCUCUACAAUCGAGGGCUAUCAUUUGAUGAUCUUUUUUCCCCUUAAGGCUUGUUUCUCUGCUCUAACCUUAUUAAACUCUUAUUUUAACAAGGAUUUAAUAUGGUAAAUUUAACGGACAUUGAAAAAAGGUCAUCAAAUUAGGAACGCGUGAGUAACAAAAAAAGCUUCGUAUACCGCGGGUUGUUGAUCUAUUACUAUAGAUUAUUGGAUUUUCGAAAAAUAAAUUAUAAGACUGUGUGGUUUUAAGCGGAUGUACAAACCGGCAUUUACCGUCUCUGUCUAUCUAACGGGCAACAUAACAAAAAUUACGUGUUUUCCCAAUAGUGCUCGGACUCUAAUAGACAUAAAGCAAAAAUAAUUUAACCAAAUCAAUGACAAUAUUUUUAUUAUGUUUUCACUGAGAGAUUUUUUUGAUAUCGAAUUUUCAGACAAUUUAUUCGUAACUUUAAACAAUUAAUUUUUGUAACAUUAAGAGAACGUGAGCAUGUGAUGUCUUCAUUUUAUAAACGAACGGCAUAACAAAUUUGCGUUCAGCAGAAUAGAAUUUUUGCGGUUAGUUUUAAUAUAACAGUAAAUUCAUAUAAUCUAUACAAUGAUGGGGACACUAUCUGUGUUUUACGUAGGUUAUUUCGAUAUUUUGAUUUUCAAGCGAGAAGUGAGUAUGUACAAUUUAAAAAUACUUGUAUCUCGCUUAAACACUAAAAUAUCGAACAAAAACCUAGGUACAAACGUAUAGAUAAUUAUUACGUAUGUUUUAUAUUAGGUCAAUGUCAAUUCAUUCUAUUAUUAAACAUUAAAAAAAUUGUCUUUGCUAAACGCAAUUUCGCUAUGCUGUGUGUUUUUAAGACAGGACGGCACAUGCUUGUAUCUCGCGUCAUUGUAUAAUAUGAAAUUACAUAAUGAAAAUAUUAAUAAAUCGCUCUGCGAACACACAAUAAAUAUUGUUGUUUUUAAUUUGAUGAUUUAAAAUAAUACGGUACAAUCGUAAGUUCAUAUAUUUUUUCAAUAUAUUUCGAUUAUCUUUAAUUAAAAACGCGUUUCAAUUAAUUUGAGAACAGGAGUAUUAUUGGACCUACGAAAGCGAAUUUUUGCGAAUUGCUAUAUUGCCGCGUUAUAGACAUUUAAAGAGAGACGGAAAAUGUCGUCUGUACGGAUAAAAUAUUGUUAAUCCAUACGUCGGGGGCGAGUAUUGAAUAAAGCGUUAAUUUUGUUCUUAUAAUAUUAUUCUGCCGUUUCAGCCAUUUUGUUCUCGUCGCACCGUCCGGUUAUGUGUAAACAUUUUGGUAUCCGUUCAGCGCUCAGGACGCAUUUCCGUUUGUAAUUGGUCCAUUUGAAUCGUGCGCGUUUGGAAGUAUUUUAUCAGCGUGUUUAUUAUAGUGUUGGUACUCGUGAUUAGGAGGGUAUCGGUGCAGUCACGAAGCGUCGACAUACAAUUAUACAUCUAAACGGAACAUUCAACAUGAAAACGCGUUCCGGUGAGUGUAGUUUCAUUUCGAGGGCAGAAACACGUGAGAUAAUAAACGGAGUGUUUUAAUUGGUUGUCCUUGGAGUGCAAAUUCGCUCUCUCUCACACUAUAGGCUUUAUAUCAGCCCAUCUCCCUUGAUUCGUUCCGACAAACUACGCUUCCCAGUCCUCGGGGUAAAUGUUCCGUUCAUAAUAUACAUGUCCGGAUCGAAACUCGGAAAGUAUACGUCGAAUUCAUUUGUUAAAGUGUAAGUUGCAUACAAAUCGAAUUUGGCAAAGUCUCAAAGUAUGAAACCGACGGGUACGGUUUUAGAUGGGAUCGCAGCAAUGUUGACUAUUUCAGUAGGUGCACCAUAGACAGAGAGUUGAAACGUAAAAUCGAAGUUAAAAUCGAAAUCGAUUGUGGAUUCUUACGAGAAAGUUUCGGUGAUCGAAAAUGUAAAACCGUAAUGCGGUUAUACGUGACGGAGGGAAGGAACGCUUGCACAUAAUAUACUCGUAUAAUAUUUCUGCGGCUAUUCGCGAAAAAUUCAAAACAACGACUUUCACCGCGGGUACUAUACGAGUACUUUGCUACUUUGUAUUUAUUUUUUGUCGAUUCCAUCGUAAUAUUGUAAUAUACUAUACAUAUUAUGUAUAUGUAUACAUACGGGAUGAUCAAUCUAACACAAGACACUCAUUACCUCGGAAAGUAUUAUCUUUUUGCGGAAUUUAUUUUCUUGAACAUUUAAGAAACAAACUGCUCUACAAUUUUAUAUUUAUAUUAUUUUUUGUCACCGUUAUAUUUGGAGAUAAACCACUACCUAUUUUUGAUUUUCAAAUGGCAACCUAUAUAAAACAGAAUUACUUAAAAAGAUGGAAUACUUAUUUAAAAUAAACUUUGGUAUUGAAAUUUUUGAUUUCCGUCAAUCCGUUGACGAGAUAUUCCAUUUUUAAGUUUGGGUUGAGGGAGAGUGACGGAGUAUCAUUUGUGUUGCCAUACGUUGCGCGGCGUGAUAAUAUUGCACCACUACUCUCCCUCAACCCAAAUUUAAAAAUAUAAAAUUGUAGAGCAGCUUGUUUCUUAAAUGUUCUGGAAAAUAAAUUCCGGAAAAAGUUAACACUUUCCGGGAUAACGAGUGCCUAACGAUAGUUUGAUCGCCCUGUGUGUGUAUUGUAUAUAUUAUUAUGAUAAUGAUAACAUAUUAUUAUGAUAAUGAUGUAAUAUAGUUUGGUAAUAUUAUGAGAUACUAUAUUGUGUUUUGUUUUUAAAGGACGUGCCCGAAAUCUCCGAUAGUGCGCGCACCAGAUCUACUAAUACGGUGUGUCUUAUUAUAAUGAAAAAUAAUAUACCUAAUAACAAUAUAGUCGUAACGUGGCAUGCGCUAGGUAUUAUAAUGCGUUUGCUCGCUGCUAUUUUUUAAAUUUUUCAUUUCAACAAUAUUUUUAAUGCGUUAUCACCUAUCACCGUUAUUAGUUUCAUACUGUAAUAUAUUAUUUGUACUAAAUACGCCCCAUGUUGAGUUUACACUUUAUACUCGUAGGUUGGGCUUGUUUAGGGGGCGUUUGGCCGGCAUUUACCGUCACUAUAUUUCAAACGAGCAACACGGGAAAAAUUGGGUUUUCCGCUAAGGGGGUGUUCCCUUACACAGGCGUUUCCGUCUUACAAACGCGCGGCACAGCAAAUUUGCGUCGAGUAGGAUACAAUUUGCGCAGUUAGUUUUAACGUCAAAGCGUAUAUAGACUUCACACCGAACUUAAAAAUAAGAAGACUGUCUGUGUCCCUAGCGUUGAUGGUUUUUGGAUAUAUUAAUAAGUGAAACAUCACUGUUUAAUAAAGAUCACAUCUCGCUUAAAAAUUGAACUAUCGAUGCAAGCGUACAGAUAAACUUUUUACCUUUAAUUUUGAUAAUAGGUCGAUGUGCUUGAAUAUUAAAGGCACAAAAUUUGUCCUACUGAACCAAAAUUAUUUUUGUUUCUAAGAAGACCUGUCGCCUCCCGUAUUUAAUGUUAUCAACUCAGAAAUAUUAAAAUUUACUUUAAAUUAUAAAUCCAUAAACAAUCAAAAAUGUCUACGAAAAACCGUAUCGUGCGGACAAAACUACUCUGGCUGUGGUCGGUGACUUGGUUGAGAAAUCAAAUUUUUACCAUAAUAACAUAUUGGGAGCUCGUACGAUUUACACGUAGCGCACGGUUUUAGUUUUUCGAUAUCAAUAUUCCGAAAUAUAUUAUUUUUGAUUUUUUUUUUUUAACAAUAAUAAUUUUUUGUGUUUUCCAUAUCGAAAAAUAAAAUCGGCGUUGCACAGUUCCUCUUUAUCUGUGGUGAAAAUUUGAUUUCUUAAAUCUUAUUUCUUAAAAUCUCGUAGCCCGAUUAGUUUAAUCCCGCGCAAAACAGUUUUUCACACUCUAAUGACGAGUGGUAGCAAAGUUUAAGAACACUACUGCAGGUAGUAGUUGCGGUGCAAAGUAUUUUCUCAUCAAAUCACCGAUUUAAUUUUAUAACCGCCCCUAUCAAAAAUACUUCAAAAUCUACACACCGGGAAGAGUAAAAACAAAGUUUCCUUGGGGGUGUUAAAUGAAAUUUAUAAAAUGUCUGGGUUCUAAAAUUCAUUAAAUGACUUUCGUUUUGUAAAAACAUAGUCAUUUUUGUUAUAUUUUUGAACACCCAGGCACCAAUUACCCACCCACCUGUUUUUUUGCGAAUCACUUGAUUUAAAUAUAUAUCCCUUCUCGCCACCACUGGCUGGCAGUACGAAAACAAACGUUUUUUCGUCACAUUCGCCCGUUUAGACAGUACACGGACGGCAAAUGCCGGCGUAACGUUCUCUAAGAAAAAUAACGUAUAAAUACACACACACACACGCGGUAUUAUGUUACACUAUUGAUUUUUUUUUUUAAUGUUUUUUUUUUUUUUUUCUCUCUUGGGUAGUUAUGGCAGGCGUAUUUUUUUUUAUAUUUUGCUAUGUUCACUAGUGCACCAUGCCGUAGGUACACAGCGUAUCGCAAUUAUACGUGUGUAUAAUAUUAAAAUAUCGAAUGCAUUUUGAUGCAUUAUUCUGUGCGAUAACGAAAGUUCGAUCGCCGGGUACCUUUGUGUAGUGUCGUAACGAACAUUAAAAUCGCACUAACCCCGUACUUGUGUUAUUGUAUUUUAGAAACCCGGAUAUUUGGAGGACCGAUUUAAGUUCCCGGAGGACAAGGAAACCGGCGGCGCCGACGACAAACCGACCCCGUGUUGCAAAAACGCCGACAACGGGGACGUCACGUUGCCUACUUAAGAAAAACCGCUAUGACUUCCGACCGUCAUGACCGUCAAAUAUUAUAAUAUUAUACGACCACGACCGUGCGAUCACGACAAUUAUUAUUAUUAUUAUUAUCAUUAUUAUUAUUAUUAAUUAUUAAUUAUUAUGCAUUAUUAUCAUUUUAAUUCAAUUAUAUGUACCGCUGCUAUAAUAUACCGGGGAUACCGUGCUCGACGUACCCCCGUCGGUUUGACGGGACGACUGGCGGUCUGCUAUUUUCCGCGAAACGGCGGUGCGACGGAAAGACGGUGUCGUGUCGAAGGCGACGAUGACGCGCUAAAAAAAAAAAAAAUAAUAAUACAAUUAAAAUUAAUAAAAAAAAAAAAAUAAUAAUACAAUUAAAAUUAAUAAAAAAAAAAAAUUAAAUUAAAUUAAAUACUUAUAUUAAUUAUUUCAAAGUAUGAGCAAAUAUCGUGUUUUCCAGACAAAUUAUAAUAUUUUUCCAGGGGUAAAGAGAGGAAGGGUGUAUGUCGGACGGUGGCGAUGUAGCGGUUUGCGUUUGUCCGGGUUAAUUUGUACAUUUUAAUUUUAAAUACAAUAAUAUUAUUAUAAAUUAUAUACGCGCAUUUGUGUGUGUGUGUGUGUGUGUGUGUGUGUGUGUAUGUAUGUGUAUGUGUGUAUGUGUAUGUUUAGGAAACCAUAAUUUUAUUGUUGUAUAAUGUACAAUGCAAGGCAGUGAUCAGCUAUCCGAAUUCGACUAAUACGUAUGUAACAAUAAUGUGUAUCUACGCGUAUGGCUAUACUUAAUUUCUAGACUAUUCUCAAUCGUAAACCUCUGUUGUAAAUAAUAUUAUAAUAAAUCCAAAUGUUCUAUAUAUAUAUAUAUAUAUUAUAAUGUAUAAAAGUACUCACUUGUUGUAUAAUUAUAUAUUUAGUCCGAUUUACUAUAAUUAUUGUAUAACCAAAGUGUCCGCAUGACUGGAUUGCCGUGUAUCGUGUUACAAUAUAUCACGCGACAAAAGUCAUGUUAAAAAAGUUUAUUGAAAUUGUCGUCUUGGUAUCUUUUUUUAUUUCUUUACUGUAGAUUUUUUUUUUCUAAGCUUUUCAAUCAUCAUCAUCAUUAUUAUUAUUAUUAUUAUCAAGAUAACUGCAUACAGAAACUGUCUGUUUUUUACUGUAUAAGCUUUGGCCUUAUUACAAAUUUAUUAAAUGCGAUUAUUGCAAAAUGUAUUAUCAUUAAACAAAUUACAGAUUUAUUGUACAUUAUAUACCCAUAUUGCCUGGGCCCGUAUAAAUAUUUUCACUUAAACAAUUUAUUGUAAUGUGAUAUUUUCAAUGAAAAAAAAAAAAAAAUGAAUGGUGAAUUUUUCCUUUUCUUGUUUUUUUUUUUUUGUAUAUCAGAU